CGAUAAAAUAACGUUUCAGUGUUUCCUUCAGUGAAACGAGACGAUAAAAACGUCCCUGUGCAUUUUCAGGAAAUCUUCAUAAACAGACAGAGUCCCUGCGGACUGAGGAGGACUUGGCCUGGUCCUGGACUUCUGGGCUUAGCCGGCCCGGGUCUAAGCUCUGACCUACAUGCAGCUUCGUGCUGGACUCCAGCCGAGUCUUUAUCCAAUAAAUACUGACAUGUGGGUCAGCCGGGUCAGCGAGUCUUUUAAUGCACAAACAAGAAGACGGGGGAGAAACCAACGAGGAGAAACAUGGAAGAAAACAUGAAAAAGAGAAGAAAAAAAAGGAAAAAUUAACGAAGAAUAGAAAAUAAAAAAACACAAAAAUAUAAAAACUGUUUAGGAGGAAGGGAAGAAAUAAACAAGUAAAGAGAUGGAAGAAAAACAUGAAAGAGAGAAGAAAAAAAGGAAAAAAGAACAAAGAGUGGAAAUAAAAACAACACAAAAAAUAUGAAAACUGUUUAGGAGGAAGGGAAGAAAUAAACGAGUAAAGAGAUGGAAGAAAAACAUGAAAGAGAGAAGAAAAAAUAGGAAAAAAGAACAAAGAGUAGAAGAUAAAAAUAACACAAAAAUAUAAAAACUGAUUAGGAGGAAGGGAAGAAAUAAACAAGUAAGGAGAUGGAAGAAAAACCUGAAAAACUACCCAAAAAAAAGGAGAAAUUAAAGUAAGAGAGGAAAUAAAAAACAACACAAAAAUAUAAAAACUGUUUAAGAAUAGAGGAAGAAAUAAACGAGAAGAAACAUGAAGGAAAAACGUGAAAAAUUACUGAGAAAAAAGGAAAAAUUAACAAAGGAAAGGAAAUAAAAAACUGUUUAAGAAAAAAAAAAAUGAAAAGAAACAUGAAAGAAAAACAUGGAAAAUUAUUGAGAAAAAAAGGAAAAUAGACAAAAAAGAAGACAGAGAAAAAUAAACAGAAAAGGCAAAAAAAGAAGAAAAAAACAAAAAAGCAAAUAAAUGAAAAGGAAUAAAAAUUCUAAUUUAAAAAAGAGUAAAAAUUGAGCAGAAAAAAAUAUAAGAGAUUUUAAAUAUCAAUAAUAAUUAAAAGAAAUAAAAAGUAAAAACAGAAAAAUCAGAACCGAGUGAAAUCAGGAGACUUCCUGUUUUUCUCUGUCAGCAGAUUUAGUUCCUCCUGAGGUUAGACCAAAGAAAGAAUCUGAAAAGAUGAUUUUUGUAUUGAUCAUAUUUGAUUAAGGAGAUAAAGUGAUCAGUGAUAAUUAAAGAUUUGUUCAGGUGAGCUCAGUGUGGGGUCAGGCUGAGUUUUAUGAGGACCCGGGUCUGAACAGAGUCCGUUUAGUUCCUCUCUGAUUGUUCUUUAUCUCUCUGUGAGCGGCUGGUGAACUGAUCAGGGAUCAAUAAAGAUAAUCUGAUAAUAAACUGAUAACACUGAUCACCUUUCUGGGUCAGAAACACCGUCAGUGUGGAGUCCACAUCCGUGAGUCUGACCCGGUUCUCCUCGGUGUUUGUGGAUCUCGGUCCAGCACCUUUUGGAGGGUCGAGUUCUCGUGUGUUUCCAGUCUGUGCUGCUGAUCCUGGAGUCCUGGCGACCUUUGACCUGGUGUUGCCGCGGACACUUGUGUGACCUCUGAGCUUAGGUGUCAUUUUUCACUCGUCUGGGUGAUUGACAGCUGAAAGUAAAAGCCCCUCCCCUCAUCUACAUGUGAAUCACCUCCUCUCCUCUCCUCUGGAGUUUCAAACCUGCAGCCGACAGAGCGGCGGCGUCCAUCUCCUCCCUGUAGGACGCCGCUCCUGUUUCCUGUCUGAACACGGACGGAGCGGGUCGAUCUGUGAGUUUGUGAAUAUUUAUAAUCUCCCAGAGUUCUUAGAGCUCAGAGGUUUGACCUCCUCACCCCUCUGUGAGAACCCCCGCUGUGCAGCUGAACUUCAUUCAGACCCGGGAACUAGGCCUGCACGGUAUAUGGUUUGAUCAUCGUCAUGGCGAUGGACGUGUGCGUGAUAGUCACAUGUCAGAGCCUGCGAUGUCGGAGGAGAAUGAACUCGUCUAAUUUCAAAGGUAGCUGACUGAGAUACACUGACAUGUGACUCUGCGUGUGCAGCGAUCCACCAAUCACAAUCGUUCUUUACUCAGUUGCCAAUCAGACUAACCUGCCAGCUGUCAAUCAAAACCAGAGAGGAGGAAACCACGCCCCUGCACAUGGAGGGAGUCGCUAGUUGAGCCAAGAAAUGGAUGUCCGCUGAGAAUGACUUUGGGAUCAUUCCUCAUCACCGUUUUUUCCUACAAAUAAGAACUGUGUGGGUUUUAAGUUUUACAUUUCCGUGGACCACUCUACGAUAAGUGGUGCGUUUCCGUGAGGUGGAUGCAAUUCUUGGUGGGCAUGCGUUUCUCAUCACAACAUCGGUAACAACAACAACAAACACAAAAUGAGAAACGGACAAGAAAAAACCACCGAAGUUGAAGACUUAUAAAGAAAAUCAAAGUCAGUUAUCCUGAAUUAUUUUGGUUCAGAUCAGAGCAGGUUAACUGUCCUCAAGAUUUCAGCAGAAACUCAGAUUCAGGUCUUGUGAUGAAAACUCCUCCAUCUUUUAAUAUCGUGAUAAAUAUCACAGCAGGGGUGAAAAAAAUCACAAUGUUGGUUUUUUCCAGUAUCAUUCAGCCUUAAUGGGAACAUCAUCAAACCUGCAGAGGACUUCAAGACUUGAGCUGUAAACCCAGUAAAGACCUGAAACCACCAGAACCGGUCCAGAAACGGGGACCUGCACACCGGCUCGUCUUCAGUGCCACUUGUUGUUCUGCAGACAGUUGAGGAAACGAGUCCGACUCUCUGAACUGAAGGUGGUUUUGGUUUCAGACUGCUCACAGGGGAAACCACAGUCUGCCGCUUUUAGCGUUGGUGAAACCUGAUUGGCCCGAUUUUUACCCGACGCUCACUUCCUGUCAGGAAGACAGUCACCAGCCUGUUGACAGAGACUCUGAACCGACAUGAAGACGGUCUGACGGGUCCUCCUGAGUCCUCGCUCUCUGGACCUGAACGUGUCGUUGGAGGAACAUGUCCGUGUUGGACCACAGCUGUCAGAGUACCAGCUGUUUCUGCGCCUCCGUCUGCUCGCCGCGGCUGUCUGGAGGAGGAAGUCAGCGUGUGUUUGAGCAUGAGUGAAAGUGGAACCCCCUCUGAGGGCUGCCAGGGUCCGGUCCAGGGUCCCUGUGAGGCCUCGUAUAGCUGGCAUCGUUACAGGAAGCGCGGUCAGAGGUCGGACCCCCAGCCCGCUCCACUGGACCGGUACAAGUGGAGGACUUCUGCCUGCCUGGCGCCAAGGACAGCAAAGAUGGCCGCCCCUCCUGAGGGUCGAGGGCACCACAGGGAGGGUCCUCACCUGCGGAUGUUUACCCUCUCCAGGUUCCACUCAGUCCCAGAGACCCCCACAGGCCAGGAGGAGCAGCCCAGGACCAGGUCUCGGGGCAGGAUUCUCCCCUACUUCAGGUCCAUGUCAGAACCGGGUGACUUAAAGGGGACUGUGGGGGGAAACGAAGACCGGAGAGCCCACUCCAUCAGCAGCUUCAUCACCUCCUUCUCCAGGAGGAUCAGCAGGAUCAUCAGGGACGAGCCUGAGACCACAGAGUCCGGUAGGAGAGACGACUUUGGUUUACUCUGGGUUCAGGUUUUUGUGCAGGGUUACAAAGACCCAACUAUGUGUAAGAGGGGGACCAAGACCAAGACCAGACCCUCAGGUGUGUCAGAGGAGACUGAGACCAGGAUCCUUAGGAGACUCUUGGUCUCGAUCUCUGGUCUCCUGUUCUGUUUUAGUCCCGGAACCACAUGAACAGACCAGAACCCGGGUCCAGGUCUAAGAAAGUUUAGCCCAGACCAGUUUCUCGGUCUGGAUCCUCAGGUACGGUCCGAUCAGAAAAUAAGGUCCGUGUUUCUUUGACCAUGAUCGGCGUUAAUCGUAUUUUGACGACAUGUUUACGUGUUUCUUUGACCAUGAUCGGCGUUUAUCGUAUUUUGACGACAUGUUUACGUGUUUCUUUGACCAUGAUCGGCGUUUAUCGUAUUUUGACGACAUGUUUACGUGUUUCUUUGACCAUGAUCGGCGUUGAUCGUAUUUUGACGACAUGUUUACGUGUUUCUUUGAACAUGAUCGGCGUUAAUCGUGUGUUUUGAUGUUAAUUGUGUGUUUUAACGCUGUCACUCACAGGGACAUGUUUUAGAGUUAACUUUAAUAUGAUCGGCGUAAAUCGUGUGUUUUAACGUUUAUCGUGUUUUUUACGCCGUCACUCACAGGGACAUGUUUGCGUGUUUCUUGGACCAUGAUCGGCAUUGAUCGUAUUUUGACGACAUGUUUACGUGUUUCUUUGACCAUGAUCGGCGUUGAUCGUAUUUUGACGACAUGUUUACGUGUUUCUUUGACCAUGAUCGGCGUUGAUCGUAUUUUGACGACAUGUUUACGUGUUUCUUUGACCAUGAUCGGCGUUGAUCGUAUUUUGACGACAUGUUUACGUGUUUCUUUGACCAUGAUCGGCGUUUAUCGUAUUGUGACGACAUUUUUACGUGUUUCUUUGAACAUGAUCGGCGUUCAUCGUAUUUUAAUCUUUAUCGUGUGUUUUAACGUUAAUCGUGUAUUUUUACACCAACAUGCUCAGGGACAUGUUUACGUGUUUCUUUGACCAUGAUCAGCGUUGAUCGUAUUUUGACGACAUGUUUACGUGUUUCUUUGACCAUGAUCGGCGUUUAUCGUAUUUUGACGACAUGUUUACGUGUUUCUUUGAACAUGAUCGGCGUUGAUCGUGUGUUUUAGUGUUAAUCGUGUGUUUUAACGCCGUCACGCACAGGGACAUGUUAAAGAGUUAACUUUAAUAUGAUCGGCGUAAACCGUGUGUUUUAACGUUUAUCGUGUUUUUUACGCUGUCACUCACAGGGACAUGUUUGCGUGUUUCUUGCACCAUGAUCGGCGUGUUUGUGGAGGAUGUAUUUAUAACUCCCUCAUGGCGAGAACAGAGCUGCGUGUCAUGUGCAGUUUAGUCCCGGUCUCUGAUGGACUCUGCCGCUCGCUCCGCCGUCUUCCUGGCUGUGGUUUCCCGAACAGGAAGUGUUUCCUGAGGGAACCCUCUCUUUGUUUGACUCCUCUUUGUCCUGAUGGAGACCCUGAGUCCGCCUGCAGCUCCUUCACACAGAGAUUUCCUCUCUCUCUCUCUCUCGCUCAGACGGUGUAACGCUCAGUCAAGCCGCCAGUUUGAAGGUUAAGUUAUGCUAAUUGAAUUUUCCACUAGAACGUCUCAUGAUGUGCAGAGCUAAUGCUGUGAGCCCGACGAUAAUGAAUGUGUGUCUUCAUGCGGAGCUGACAGUGAUGCAGUAGAGACUCAGCUGGACUGUCUGACUGACUCUUUCUAACUCGAGAUCCAGAAACCAUCAGAAAUGUGGCUCUGAGCACACCUAGAUUAGAUCUGACUCACCCCGCCGCCAUGAUCGAAACAUCUUCAUGAAACUAACAGAAACAGAACCGACAGGCCCGGUCCAAACCACAAACAGCUCCAUGUUGUUCCGCUCACAUCCUCAGCUCUAAAAUAAACCGGUGUGACGUCCUGACUUCCUGUGAAAUCCACUCACUGUGUGAGGACGGCAGCUUUUCUGUGAGUGUUUCUGUGACGUUCACGAGCUUCUCCGUCCCACAGAGGAGCUCAGAGUAACCCGGAAUUUCCACCGCAUCCAGAACGGCUCCGAUCCGCAACAGAAGCGAUCUUUGCCGUCCGAUUACGAUCUGAGGAUACGACCUUUUAGGAGACGAUCAGGAUGAAGGUGGAGAUUGGAGGUCAGGAAGGGGGUCUGUGCCGUCUUUGCUUUGAUUUGUUGACCAAUCAGAGGCUGUAUCUGUGAGUGGCUGAUCCUUAAAGGACCAAUCAAAAACCCAGGUUUCUUCUUAUCAGCUGUGAAGGUUAUAGACGUGAUCAAACUUGUACAGGAAGUGAUCAGAGAAUCGAUGAAGAGUUGAACUUCAAUGAGAUCAAUAUGACUACAGGAGUGUAAAUAUGUGCGAGUCUCUGGUGUGGCGCCUCCUCCUGGUGGGUCAGGGGUUUGAUUGGCAGGUGGAGAGUUGAGUCUGGGACAUGAGAUCUAAAACCCGAGUCUAAUAUUUCCAACAUGAGUGAACUGAGACCGACAGGAUGAUGACGACUGUUUUUACAUUCAGAUCUGUGAUCCGUGGAAACAUCUUCUGUCGUUAACCUCAGGAGCCUUAUUCGCCGUUACCCCGCCGUUACCCCGCUUACCCUCUCCUGCAGAGUCCAGACAUCGCUCACGCCGCUCGCCCAAACCGUUUUUUUUUGUUUCGGUCUUUUCCAUCCAGUCUGCAGCAAAGUGACCUCUUCUGUGAGAUUAAAGAACAGAUUCUGGGUAACGCAGGAAUAUAUGUUCGUGGUUGUUGACCUCUGACCCUUGACUUCACGCCGUGUGUGAUGUUCUAAUGGAGGACGUGGUUGUAAACGCUCUGACAGUUUUAGAUGAAUAUCAUGUGACAGGGAAGUUGGUUUGUUCCUCUGUAGUGUGUGUGUGUGUGUGUGUGUGUGUGUGUGUAGUCUCUCUGCAGUCAUCAAUCACCUCACUCAGUGAUGAUCCAUGUUAUCUGUCGGCUCCCAGCAGCCCCGGCGGCGGCGUGCCACGAUCACCCGAGCGCUCAGCCGUCCCUCCCUGUAAAUUUAAAAGCAGCGAUUGUGUAACCAGAAGAUUUAAUUUCAUCUCUCUGAAGCAGGGGUUUAUGGGAAAUGUGGUCAUGUGAGGAGGAGGAGGAGGUUUAUCAGAUGAUGGCGAGCUUUAACCUGUGAUUCAUCAUGUCGGACUGAUGGCGUCCGUCGAGUUUAAAACAGCUGUGAACACGCAGACAGAGUCGACUGUCCGUCCAAUAACCAUCCAACACUGUGAGCGUUUAUAAACCCAUCGAACCACGUGUCCCAUGAUGCAGUUGGGGAGAGAGAAGAGAUAAAAUAAUAAACAUGCCUCUGCAUUAAUAACCACAGCAGCUGUCCUCCUCCUCCUCCUCUUCCUCUUCCUCCUCUUCUUCUUCUUCCUCUUCGUGUUUUUGUUCUUAAAUAAAUCAGGACCUGCGUCAUUCUUCUCAGGAGGCCGCUGAGUAAAAAACGGAUUAAUCCGACUGUGAGGACCGUCCCGUAUCAGAAUCAGAAAUACUUUAAUCAUCUCAGGGGGAAAAUGCUUUUAGCUUCAGUAACUCCAGUGUGAAUAAAGUGGAAAGAAGAGGAAAUAAUCAAGUAAUCAAAAUAUACAAUAUAUAGAGUUUAACAAAAUACAGGUUUGUACACGAUAUACAGGCAUGAAAAUCCUCAAAUUAUCAUCUUAAUCUGAUGAAGAUUAUUGGCUGCCUGAGUCUGAGGAGGAUGGAUGCAGAGGCAGAAAAACACCUUUAAUUUAAAGUUUUAACAUGGAGCUCUAUGGAGAGAGACUCACUUUGGAGGACAGCCUCUAGUGGACACUGGAGGAACUGCAGCUUUUUAAACUUUGUCUACAUUCACUCUGCAGGUUCUGACGCACAAGUCGGAUUUUUUGUUAAAUCCGAUCUUUUUGUGCGGUCGUUCACAUUCACAACAAUGAAUGCGUCGGUGAAGUGACCCACAAGUUGCUCUCUGCGCCUGUUUGUGUCGAACAAUGGUGACGUUUGUCUCAUAUUGAUGAUGUAAAGGUCGGAUGAACACGACCUGAGCGUCCACACUGCAGUCACAUCAGAUACAUAUCUGAUUUAUAUCCACAUACAGAAGAGGCCUGGGUCGGAUCAGAACCAAUCAGAACUGACCUGCAGUCUGAACGUAGUGUUAGAGUUUGCGUCGUUGGUUGUAUAUCUUUGAUCCUCGUUGAUCAUGUGAGUCCGUCAGCUCAGUAAACACUGAUCUGGAGUUUCUGUUUUUCACCGUCAGAGUUCUUCAAACUCUUUUAGUUCAGGGAAACUCCUACAGAGAACUACUAUGAAUGUUUCCAGGGGACAGAGUGCAUGCUGGGAAGUAAAAAACCACAGCACUCUCACUUCUCUACACACACACACACACACACACACACACACACAGACACACACUCAGACAGAGGCCUGAUUCAGCCUUCUGCUCUCACUCUAAAUUUCCAUGUGAAAAUGAAGUCACUGCUAAUUGGAGACUAAUUAACCCAAAUAUGUGUGAGUGUGUGUGUGUGUGUGUGUGUGUGAGGCUGACCCAGAGGCCGAGCAGGCGGUUCCUGCAUACCAAAGGAGGUGUGUGUGUGUGUGUGUGUGUGUGUCUUUUGUAUGUAAAUGUCUCCUGCAGUCUCUAAAAGCUCCUCAUUAACCUUUCAGAGCUGCAGCUGCUGCAGGACGACGACCCCACGGGCCGCCCUGUCGGUCCUCUUUAGUCCAGACUCGAUUGUUUGGUCUCAGUUUCGGGGUAAACUCAGUGCUGGUCUCCAGAGGAACCUCCUGAGAAAACCUCUCUCUGCUGUUCCUCUGAAGGGUUCACUCCGAGGACAGAAACGUGUUUAAAGGACCGACUCCGGCAGGUUUCACCUUUGUUGUUUUUGUCUUCAAACCCUCCUGAAUCUGGUCUGUGAACAGACUUGGGAGACCUGCUCAGGUAUCAUCAGGUGUGGGGGUUACAGGAGGAGAGGUUCACGGUCGAACAGGUGGUCUUUGUGGUCGUGAACUUUGGCGCCUGUUGAAGGUGUCCUGUGAUUCAAUGAUUAUGUUGUUUUUUAUGACCUGAUAGUUUUCCCUCUCUUCCUGUCAGCCUGAUACGAGGUGACACAGUCCUUCACCUUUGACCCCUGAGACCCCCACCUCCCCCAGACUCCUCCCACCCUCAGCUGCCAUGAUUGACACUUGAGUGCGAGAAUCUGCCUUAUAGAUGCAAAUGUUGUAGAGCGAGUCGUAGUCAGCCCGUUUAAAUAUUAAAGAGAGAGCGUCACUGCAGACGGCGAGGAGCCGCCAUGAUGGAGGACGGAGAAACACAGAGUCUAAUGUCUGAUGAUAAGAGCGCCAUAAAGAGACGGGCUGAACUGUUGUGUUUGUCGGCCUGUUUUAUCUACAGUAUACUUUAUCUAUCCAUAUCCAUAUCCAUCGAGCCCUGGUCCAGAUAUCAUUUCUUAUUUUUCUCGCCAUGACUCCAACUCACCGCAGACCGCCUCUGCCCACCACAUCUAAAAAUACGGCGAGUUAGAGGACUGAGGACGUGACGUCAUCAAGAAAACAGAAAACAGAAACAACACGACUGAACGAUUUCGUCUCGUUUUAGUCCAUGAAAAUAAAGAGACAAUUUAUCAGAGUUUUUAUUUAUUGAUCCACAUCUCAUCUCGUUUUUAUUUGUCAACAUUAUUGUUUAUAUAUUUAGUUAUAGUCAACAUCACAAGACCACCAUUUACGUCUCGUCUCGUCUUGUUUUCGUCACGUGAUAAAGGUCUGUUGGUCCUGGUUUACCUCCUGCAGCGCCCUCUACUGUCUGUCUGAUAGAGAGGUUUCAGACAUGACUCUGCACUCUCUCUGUCCUCGUCUGCAGAGAAAUGUGAGCUCUGUCUGUGAUAAAGAGACGUUCAGAUGCAGAGUGGACCCUGAUCCAUCAGACGGACGAUGAUGUGAUUUUCUGCUCCGUUCACUGAUGACUGCAGGAGAUCGGAGGAGGGAGGAAGUUCAGGAUCAGCUCUUCCUGUUUCCUAAAAUGACCUCCUAAAAUCCCGCAGUGUCUCUUUAAGUGGCGUGCUGGAGAGGAGCGUUUCCAGAAUAGUGUUGAUGUUUGCGUGUGAGCGAGCGGAGAGCGGAGAGUCGCAGACUUCCCUCACCAUAAAUCACAGAAACCUGCUCGCUCCAAAUCUGACUGUUUCUGCUUCAACACGGGGCUCUGUGGGAGCUGACUCACUGUGGGACACUGUCUCUAGUGGACACUGGAGGACCUGCAGCUCUUUCUUCCUCAUUUAGACUGUCACAGGUGUUUUAUUGUUGCUGGAUGUGAUCGUCUGAAGGUUGUUUUAGUCGGUGUUGUUGGGCGUUUUUACGACUUUGUUUUUGUAUCUCAGAUUUGUUCCUGAUUCUUCUCAUCCUUCAGAUUUACUGAGAAAAAAACUCCAGCUGUGUCCAUCGAUUACUUCCAUCAUGAAUCAAACCUCUGAUAGUCCGCCCCGAGGUCUGAUCUUCAGUGCGGAGAGAAAACAGAGACUCAGCUCACAGAGAGACUGUUUUUAAUCCGUCUUCAAGGUUUUCUUCUGUCGUUUUCUCACUUUUUUAUUGGUGCUAAGUGACUCUCAGUAUGAAACCUUCAGUUUAAACAGGUUUCUAUUCUUAAAUGGGGGGUUUUCACAGGAAACAGACAGAUAAUGGAGGUCCUGACAGGCUGUUUCCCAGCAGAGAUCCUGACAGGACGCUGCUGAACAGAAGCUUUGUUUGAUAAAAACCUCUUUUUCUCUGUCUGUCUGUUAAUUGCUGUAAUUUCCUGCCUCAGACAAAAGCUCCUCUCAGCCCGUUUAACACCUCAGAGAGAGUCAGAGCUGCAGGCUGAUCCUCAGGGACUCUGUGAGGAGAAGAAGGAGAAGACCGUCCUCUCUCUGUCUCUCCUGUAUCAUCAUCAUCAUCAUCAUCAUCAUAGCAGCUUUAACACGUCCUCCUCUCUGGACUCCCAUGAUCUUCAGAUUUAUUCAGAGAGUUUAACCCAAAACACUUAAAUCAUGUUGACUUCAUGAUUCUGCUGCUGAAACAGUAAAAACUCUUCAGUUAGUUUGUUGUUUCCUCGUAGACAGACCUGACAAAUUCUGGAUUUAGUUUUUUUAAAAACCUGAGUUUACGAUGAAGUGAUUCCAGUCUGAUUAUUAAACGUCACAUCUGUCAACGACUAACUUCUGCUUCACACUGAAACGUCAGAAUUUCAUUUUAAAUGAAACUGAGACUAAAGAGAGACACACUGAAACUGAGACUAAAGAGAUAUAAACUGAAACUGGUACUAAAGAGAGACACACUGAAACUGGGACUAAAGAGAGACACUGAAACUGAGACUAAAGAGAUAUAAACUGAAACUGGUACUAAAGAGAGACACACUGAAACUGGGACUAAAGAGAGACACUGAAACUGAGACUAAAGAGAGACACACUGAAACUGAGACUAAAGAGAGACACACUGAAACUGAGACUAAAGAGAGACAAACUGAAACUGAGACCAAAGAGAGACACACUGAAACUGAGACUAAAGAGAGACACACUGAAACUGAGACUAAAGAGAGACACACUGAAACUGGGACUAAAGAGAGACACACUGAAACUGAGACUAAAGAGAUAUAAACUGAAACUGAGACUAAAGAGAGACACACUGAAACUGAGACUAAAGAGAGACACACUGAAACUGAGACUAAAGAGAGACACACUGAAACUGAGACUAAUGAGAGACACACUGAGACUAAAGAGAGACACACUGAAACUGGGACUUAAGAGAGACACACUGAAACUGAGACUAAAGAGAGACACACUGAAACUGGGACUAAAGAGAGACACACUGAAACUGAGACUAAAGAGAGACACACUGAAACUGGGACUAAAGAGAGACACACUGAAACUGGGACUAAAGAGAGACACACUGAAACUGGGACUAAAGAGAGACACACUGAAACUGGGACUAAAGAGAGACACACUGAAACUGAGACUAAAGAGAGACACACUGAAACUGGGACUAAAGAGAGACACACUGAAACUGAGACUAAAGAGAGACACACUGAAACUGAGACUAAAGAGAGACACACUGAAACUGAGACUAAAGAGAGACACACUGAAACUGAGACUAAAGAGAGACACACUGAAACUGAGACUAAAGAGAGACACACUGAAACUGAGACUAAAGAGAGACACACUGAAACUGGACUAAAGAGAGACACACUGAAACUGAGACUAAAGAGAGACACACUGAAACUGAGACUAAAGAGAGACACACUGAAACUGAGACUAAAGAGAGACACACUGAAACUGGGACUAAAGAGAGACACACUGAAACUGAGACUAAAGAGAGACACACUGAAACUGGGACUAAAGAGAGACACACUGAAACUGGGACUAAAGAGAGACACACUGAAACUGGGACUAAAGAGAGACACACUGAAACUGGGACUAAAGAGAGACACACUGAAACUGAGACUAAAGAGAGACACACUGAAACUGAGACUAAAGAGAGACACACUGAAACUGGGACUAAAGAGAGACACACUGAAACUGAGACUAAAGAGAGACACACUGAAACUGGGACUAAAGAGAGACACACUGAAACUGGGACUAAAGAGAGACACACUGAAACUGAGACUAAAGAGAGACACACUGAAACUGGGACUUAAGAGAGACACACUGAAACUGGGACUAAAGUGGGACACUGAAACUGGGACUAAAGAGACACAGUGAAACUCUGACUCUCCUGACACUCAGAUACGUUAAAUUUGAGAGCUACUUGAGGUCGAUACAGUGAAACUGAGACUCAGCAGGUACAAAUACAGUAGAAGAAAGCAUUUUUUGAGACGCAUACAGAGAAACUGAGACUUUGUACAGACAGACAGACAGACAGGUGCUCCUCAUCUAUAACAGAACACCUGUAGGUAAUCGGUGUAGAUCAUAGAAAUCUUGGAAAUAUGUAGGACUCAGGGUUUGGUGUUUGAUGACUGUGGUGAGCGCCCUCUCCUGGCUGUUCAUGUUUCUGUUUACGUUCCUGUUGACUUCAGAAGGUGGAUGAUGUAGCUGGUGAUGACAUCACACCUGAGACCGCCAAACAGUCAGAAAGUCGCCUCUGGUGUUUGUUGUUGUUGUUAGCAUCGUUAGCUAAACUAGACAACGACAACACAACAGGUGAUAGUCUGAGCCUGAACACAACGACACGUCCACAGAUAAAAGCUGUGUGUGUGUGUGUGCAUGUGUGUGUGUGUGUGUGUGUGUGUUAUCUGCACUGGGUCAGUCUCAGCGACACACCCCUCUCUCUGUUCUCUCCAUGCCCCCCCCCUUCCUGUUCAAUGGUCCCAUCUUGAUAAAGCCCUGAUGAUGUAACCGCGCUCUGAUAGGAGGAAACCUGCUUUGUUUACUGGUUUCCAUGGAGACCAGACCUGCGUGCAGCACUGGGGAGUAUGCAGGUCGACAGACAAAGCAGCCUCUGUUAGCCUGUUUAUACGUGUGUGUGUGUGUGUGUGAGAACCUGUCAGACUGUAAAUCCUUCUGCAUUGAAGACCUGAAUUUCCUGGAAAAACCUGGAAAAUUAAAGUUGUGCGAUGCAGAAUAAACGUGAAAAUAAUCCGAUAAAAUCCUCUUGAACACGUCGUCGUGUUUUUUCAUCAUCCUUAGAUGAAACCUUGAGUCGCUCAUCACGUCCAGGAAACAGAUCUGUAGACCAAUAACUGAAGGAGUUGGCGUCUUUCACUGAAGAUCCAACAAAUCUGUAAUGGCCGCGAUUUUUGGUGGGAGGGGCGACGACGUUGACGAGGACCAGCGUUUGUCUCUCGCCGUCUAUAUGUUGUAGAAAGGUCAUCGUACAUGUUGACUCCUCCUCCUUCUCCAUCACGCUCGGACCCUCAGAGACCAGUAAGACCUGACCAAAUGUGUUCAUGUUGAGGAUAAUGAAGUUUAACGAAGUCCCAAAAGUUAAACUGGCUCUGGUGUCGUUGCACGGAUUGCAGGACAGGAUGUUUUAAGAGGAACUGAAAAGCGAAUCACUGAAACGGAAAAACUAGAACUCUUGUGAUCAGCUGAGGAGUCCGGCGAUCUGCAGAGGAACGGAAAGAAGUCGGAGUAAAUUGACACGUUAACUUGAAUGGUUACGAUCAGCUACGAUCGGAGGAUACGACCUUUUAGGAGACGAUCAGGAUGAAGGUGGAGGUCGGGGGUUAGAGCGUUAACCAAACCUCCUGAAGACUCGGCUGCUGGUACCGAUCGCUGCGGUCUCGUCCCUCUGCUUUUCAGACACACACACACACACACACACACACACACACACACACACACACACACACACACAGACACACACACACACCUGCCUCGUUCUCCUACUUCUGUGAAUAUGAACCGUCAACAUGAGGUCUGAACACGGUCGGUCAGUGUGUGGAACCUCAGAGGCAUGAAAAGCAUUUUGUAGAUCUGUGUGUGUGUGUGUGUGUGUGUGUGACAGGUGGUGGACUCUCCCCUGCUCUCAGACAUUCCCAGCGGAGGUUUGGCCGGAGUCGGGUUUCCCUUCACACCCGCCUACACCACCCCCACAACACCUGAGACACACACACACACACACACACACACACACACACACACACACACACACACACACACACACACACUGAGCUUUGGUAAACCAGCUCGAUUUCCUCCUAUCAGUAAAGCAAUAUGUCUGAUCUGUUUCUCCUGUAGCGCCCUCUGCAGGUGCAGUUCCUUGCUCAUAAGUACCUGAACACAGUCAGUCUAUAGAUUCAGUCAGAGCCGGUUUUAGGACGGGGGUCUUGUGUUGUUUUGGACCUUAUCGGGGGGGUCAGACCCCGUAGUCACACAGUAACACAGUCAGAGCCCUCACUGUUGUUUAUUACAGAGGUUAAAGGUCAGAAAUCUGAGCGUGUGCACUCACACUCCUGUGAAUAUGUCAGAGUCUAAUUGUGUGUUUGGAGGUUAAAGGUCAGUAAAUCUAAAUCACUAACAGUCAUCAGACCAGAGUCCACCUCCUGGUCCAGCCCGCCUGUUUUGUACGCGCUCUGACCUUUCACCGGGUCCAGCUCUCCCAGCGCUCCGGACAAAUAUAGAAGCUUUAUCCCCCGGUCUCUGCGGGCAGGGAGGCGGCAGAGAGGACUUCCUGUGGACCACCGCCGCCGCUACAGCUGGAUUCAUCUCUAAACUAUGAAAUGUUGAACUUCAGAGAAAGAUCCGCCGCCGCCGCUCAUCGAGUCUGUGACGCUCUCAUGAUGUUUACGUGGUCAGAGACGGAGGAGGUCUUUAACGUCCUGACUGUGUGUGUGUGUGUGAGGUUGCUGUAAAGGUCAACAUGUGAGCCGAGACAUUCGAGGGUGUGUAAGGGGGCGUGGAAAACUCAGCUUCAAAAAGGCUUAAAUACCAGCGCUUCGAUCAGCUGACAACCAUCCUCUCCUUUUUAUUAGUUUUUCUCUGCUGCUGGAGUCAUCACCGGACCAGAAGUUAAAACAAGAACACAAUAAAAAUAUUCUGUAGAAAUAAAAAAAUAUUUAAUAAAAUUCAGAAAAGCCCUGAAAAACACUCGACCAAAUUCAAUAAUAUUUAAACAGAAAAAUAUUAAAUUAAAUUAAAUUAAAAAAUAUUUUGAGGCCCAAAAAAAAUUUAAAAUUAAAAAAUGUACCAUAAACUAUCAAAAAGGAAAAUACAUCAAAUGCAAAAUCUUCUUAAAAAAUGAAAGAACAUUUUUUACAAUGAAAAAAAAAUGUCAGUAAAAAUAUUUUUGGGUCUGCACAAAUUUUUAUCAAAUAUAAUGCAGAAAAUAAAAGUCAUCAACCCAACUCUAAUAUCUUUCAACAACCGAUGAAAAUUUAAAAAAUACAGAAAACAAAAAUAUUUCAUGAACCCCAAAAAGUGUUUAAAAAAUUUACAAAACAAAAACUUUUAUGGAAUCUGAGAAAUUUUACCCAAUAGAAAAAUAUUUAAACAAACAGGUUUUACAAAAUGCUCGACUUAUAAACUAUAAUACAAAUCAAAAUAUUUUUGAGUUUCAUUUUUUGUUUUUUAUAGAGUUUUAUUUUUUGUGUUCAUGAACUGAUUUUCUUGCUGACCUUCAGGGCCACCGUAUCUUUCUGAAACUCAAAAAUGUUCCAGGGAACCUUUAAAUGUUAAAUAUUGUUUUUUAGUUCCUGUCUGUAAAAGCUGCAGAUUCAGAAACAGUUUUUAUAAACUCAGAACAACAUUUAGGAAACUGAUCAAGUUUUUUAUUUUCUGUUUUACUGCUCUGUUUUUCGCUCUCUCUCUCUUUCCUUCAUCUCUAUGUAACUCGACCACAGCUGCUCUCUCUCUCUCCUGACUCUCUGGGGUCAAAAGUUUGACUGUCGAUCUGUUUUUUUUAACAAGCUUUGGUUCUUUUUGAAGUGAAAAUAACAGAAUCAUGUGAACAAAAAUAGGUUUACUCCUUUUUAUGAUUUUCCUGAAAAGUUUUCCUGCUGACUCAGACGUGUCACAGAACCAAAGGGGUUCAAACUGAAGUUUAGGACUGUUUGGACCUUCUUAAAUGGAAAGUUCUAACUGGCCCGGUUCCUGUUCUGGUCCUCUGGUUGGUGUUUGUGGUCCUGACUGUGUUGUUAGCAGCUGGACCGGCUCUGUGGACGGGGUUGCGUGAUGUUGGACUGCAGCAGGAUGGUGGUUCAGGAAGGUACGAGUUGUUAUGUAAGAGGAGCGCUGGCGGCGGCGGUGGCGGCGGCGGCCUGCCUCUCCUUCUGUUUCUUCUGAUCUGGGAGCAGCCGGCCAUCCUGUCUUUGUUCAGCUCUGCUCAUCUGUCGGCCUGCGAGGCGUCCGUCCACGUGUCCCCUCAGAGCUGAAAACAGAAAAGCCUCCCUGAAUCUUGGGUCUUUGCUGGUUCUCUGAGCCGCUCUGAACCCGGGCAGGUGUGACUCUCUCCCCUCAGAUCUCUCAGGGGUUUCUGCGCCCGGCUCUGACGUACAUGAUUUAGUAUGCAGCCAGAAAUAGGCCGCUGAAAACGCUGCUCCUCAGCUGCUUUCUGCACCAACGCUCGGCCUUCCUUCAGCUCUGCUCCACUUGUUUCACGUGGCGGUAAUUCAUCAACAGACCUGCAGCUGCCUCCUCUGUGUGUGUGAAUGGAGCUUCUGUUGGAGAAAGAUGGCGGCAGAGAAGGUUAACGACACGAACGUGAGCAGUUUUGUAGAUUUAUGGCGCCGUCCUCUCUCUUUUAUAAACCAAGAGUUCUGCACGGUCAGCGAGUCCCUCAGUGUUUUCCCCCAGAGUCGAUGAUGAAUCAUCAGAGCGGACGGUUUCACUCUCACUGUGACGUGAUGCAGAUUCAGGAACUACAGAUGAAACAGGGAAGUGGUUUUAGACGUUUGAAGACCCAAAGUCUGACCUCCAACUACGACAACAGACGUCCAGUCGUAGAGAUGAAAUUAGGACGCAGCAUCUAUGAUUUCCAGGUCUUUGUUGAAAGGACAACUGGACUUAGUUGAGACGUGUCGCCUCAGGUACUCUUACAAAUAUAAAACAGGGCAACGCGACCAUACGAAACAAAACAACCACAUGUAAACAAAUGUGAAGGACAUCAUUUCAGCCGCUUGUAUCUGCGAUCUUGUUCUUUCACUCAUUACCCAAAGUUCAUGACCAUAGGUGAGGAUCGGCACGUAGAUCGACCGGUAAAUCCAGAGUCUCUCCUUACGGCUCAGCUCUUUCUUCACCACCACUGAUCGGUUAAUCGUCCACAUCACUGCUGACGCCGCUCCGAUCCGCCUGUCGAUCUCCAGCUCCAUCCUACCCUCACUUCAGGCAGGACCGCCCCUCUGACCCAGAGAAAGCAAUCUGCUGACUUUCUCCGACUGAGGACCACGGCCUCGGACUUGGAGGUGCUGAUUCACAUCCCAGUCUUCCACCCUUGGCGGCAAACUGGUUGGCCGUCCUCGAUCAGAGUCCCUUCUGCGUCUUUGUAGAAGCCGAAAUACGCCCAGACUUCGGACUUUGUUUUCUUUGACGGCGGAAAAAUCUCUGCAACACGGUCAGCAGAACUGCCCUCCGCCAUGUUGACGAGUUGUUUACUGUGCAGUGCGCCUGUGUCCGAAGGACUGCGGCUCUUCUCAACAUUGAGCGGUAUCACUGUGAGCCUUUCUAGAGUGCGGCGAUCAAACACGGUUUUAACGGUCGUACUAACCGUCAGACAUUUUACCGGUAAUUGAUACAUCCCUAAUCAGGACCGUCCAGUCCUGGUUCUGGUCCUUGUCCUGGUCCUUGUCCCUUUUGUCCAGUUUGGUUUCAGACAGAUGAGGUUUUUGGUUUUGGGGUUUUGGCGUUCCCCGUAUCGAUGAUGCUUUUAAACCCAUUUGCUGCCAUGACAUCAAUAGAACCCGGGCCUCUGUCCUUUCCUCUAUCGACCCAGAUCCAUUAGUGCGACUAAAAGCCGUCAGUGUUUUUUUUUUUUAUCACGGAUCUGAACAUCGCAGCGAUAACCACAGCCAACACUUCCUGUUCUGGUGUUCCUCCUGACAGACGGACAGACGAGCAGAAAAUCAGUAAAGGCCGGAUUACUCAGCAAUCAUUCAUUCAUCAUAAUCACAUCAAGUCAUUGUGUGUGUGUGUGUGUGUGUGUGUGUGUGUGUGUGUGUGUGUGUGUGUGUGUGUGUGUGUGUGUGUGUGUGUGUGUGUGUGUGUGUGGAGUGUUUACCCAGGCAGACAAACGCUGAAUUAUCCCAGCACAGCCAGGCCCAGUGAAAGCACCGUCUGUUUACUCGCCUGAGCCGACGGGACUCUGCGCACAAACAGACGCGGCUUUUGUUUCAAACUGGAGCCUGAUUUACCGUCUGACACACACACACACACACACACACACACACACACACACACCUAAAGGACCAGUAUGUCUUACCUGUUUAAAACUGUUUAAAGCUGUGAAACUGUCUCCAGCUGCAGUCUUCAUCAGUUCGGCGUCUCUGCUGCCUUUGAGGUGUUCCCUGUCACCUCCUGUCUAACACGCCGUGACGUGACCUCUGACCUCUGCUGAGUCUGCUCCACUGAGUGUCAGCGGAGAUCAGAUUCCUGCAGACAUCACUUACAUUUUUAAUCCUCCUCUUCCUCUGGAGAAGAGAGGAGCGUCAAGUAAUCACAGCUGGAAGUUUGGAGCGAUGGCGCCCUCUGCUGGUUCAGUCUGACCUCUGCAGUUUGAGCUCAGUCCGAUCACUUCCUCCCUCACUUUCUGGUUAUUCCUGUUGGAGGACAGUCAGCUGACUAACAUAAACAAAACAUUUUCAGAUGGGUCAAAAGAUCUGAUAGAGGAACAACCAAAGAGGUCAAAGUUCUUAAAGGAACACCCAAACAGGUCCAAAGUUCUGACAGAGGACCAACCAAACGGGUCAAACUGUUGUUGUCUUUAGAUUCUGAAAGUAGUGGACGGAUAUUUCGAUGUGGAUCAGUUCUUUUUAACGGUGUUACUUUACGGGUUUGGCUCCGCCCUCACCCUGACUGACCUGGAAUGUACCGCGUCAAGUUUUGUUUCACAUCACUGAGAUCAUCGAACGCAUGAUGAGACGGGUGCUCAGACUUCAGUCCUAAAACCAGAGAGCAGCAGGAGAGGAAACUGGGCACACUGGGAUUACUGGGACACUUGAGCACUGAAUCUACCAACCAAACCGGACUGUUUGAAGAACCAAGAAUCAAGGUGGAAGAAACUUCUAAAGACGGGGUCUGACUGUAGGUGUGUCUACAGAUUCAUUACAAGAUUAAAUGGCGUCCUGGUUCGAGGAAGACUUCAGCUGUACGGUUUGUAAAGACUGUCUGCAGAGCUGGUGGAAGAGGAGGGAGGAUCACAUAAUGAUGAUGAUGAUGAUGAUGAUAUAGUGAAAAUGAUUAUUAUAAUAAUAAGAGUGGUUAUGAUGAUGAUGAUGAUGGUUAUGAUGAUGAUGAUGAUGAUGAUGGUAAUGAUGAUGAUGAUGAUGAUAAUGAUGAAUGAUAAUAAUGAUAAUAAUGAUGAUAAUGAUGAUAAUGAUGAUGAUAAUGAUGGUAAUGAUAGUAAUGAUAAUGAUGGUUAUGAUAAUGAUGAUGAUGAUGAUGGUAAUGAUGAUGAUGAUGAUGAUGGUAAUGAUAAUAAUGAUGAUAAUGAUGAUAAUGAUGGUGAUGAUGAUGGUAAUGAUAAUAAUGAUAAUAAUGAUAAUAAUGAUGAUAAUGAUGAUAAUGAUGAUGAUAAUGAUGGUAAUGAUAGUAAUGAUAAUGAUGGUUAUGAUAAUGAUGAUGAUGAUGAUGGUAAUGAUGAUGAUGAUGAUGAUGGUAAUGAUAAUAAUGAUGAUAAUGAUGAUAAUGAUGAUAAUGAUGAUAAUGAUGGUAAUGAUGAUAAUGAUAAUGAUGGUGAUGAUGAUGGUAAUGAUAAUAAUGAUGAUGAUGAUGGUAAUGAUAGUAAUGGUGAUGAUGAUAAAAGACAAAAUAUCAAAUGUUGAAGUUGUCCUCCAUGUGGAGAAGAAGUGCAAGUCUAAAUUAUCUUGUUUCCUGGUACACUAGGUCAUGUUCCUCUGGCAGGCUCGCCAUACUUGUUUAGAUGUUUCUCCGCCCCUUUUAGCCAGACAGCCAAUCAGUGCAGCCCUUCAUUAUCACAGCAGUGUUGCCCACACUGAUAACUGCACUGAAAUAGGGGUUAGAAACUAAGAGGCUGCAGGUUACCCAAGUAGGCUGAAUUUGUUCAAGUUCAAAAACUUCCUUGUGGGACAUCCAGGAAACGUGGAAAAUACCCUGAUAUGACCUUCAUAAAAGCUUUGUAACUCCACCUACUGUUGAGUCUGUUUGUUCUGGACCAUCACAGUGUCUGUCCGUCCGUCUGUCCUCCCCGGUACUGUGGUGGUGGAGUAGUUCAACUGUGUUCUAGGUUAAGGUUUCAUGCAACUUGAUCUAGUUUCUCUCUAAAGGAAAAACUUCAUUGUGCUUUUGAUGUUGAUUAAAAUCAGUUUUAUGGUUUGGAUUUUGAUCCUGGGGAGCCGCAGCAAUAAUUCUCCACCCCCUCACCUGAAUCACCUGAGAUGAACCUGGACAAAGGUCACCAUUCUUCCUGGAGACUCACUGACUGAAGGAAUGACGCUCAGACCCAACUCCAAGCUGUCUGUUUGCUGCAUCUGAAGCUUCACUCUGAGACUCCAUGGCGUCCCGGUUAGAAGAAGACCUUUGCUGUCCGGUCUGCAGGGACAUCUUCAGAGACCCGGUCAUCCUGUCCUGCAGCCACAGCUUCUGUAAAGACUGUCUGCAGAGCUGGUGGAAGAAGAAGGAGACCCGGGAGUGUCCAGUUUGUGAGAGGAGAAAUUCAAGUGAGGUCCUACGUCCGAACUUUGCUUUGAGGAACCUGUGUGAGAGUUUCCUUCAGCAGAGAGGUCCGAGUUCUUCUUCAGAGGGUCUCUGCAGUCUACACUCUGAGAAACUCAGACUCUUCUGUCUGGAUGAUCAAGAACCAGCAUGUGUGGUCUGCAGAGACUCCGAGAACCAUGCUGACCACAGAUUCAGACCCAUCAAUGAAGCUGCUCGACAACACAAGGAGAACCUUCAGGAGACCCUGAAGCCCUUGAAGGAGAAGUUAGAGGUCUUUGAACAGGUUAAAGAGAAGUUUGAUCAAACAGCUGAACACAUCGAGGUCCAGGCCCGGCUCACAGAGAGGCGGAUUAAGGAGCAGUUUCUGAAGCUUCACCGGUUUCUAGAGGAGGAAGAGGAGGCCAGGCUGUCUGCACUGAGGGAGGAAGAGGAGCAGAAGAGUCGGAGGAUGAAGGAGCAGAUGGAGGCUCUGAGCAGACAGAUCGCAGAUCUUUCAGACACAGUCAGAGCCACAGAGGACCUGCUGAGAGCUGAAGGCCUCUCAUUCCUGAAAAACUACAAGGCUGCAGUGAGAAGAGUCCAGCAGCGACCGCAGCUGAAGGUUCCACAGCUGCCCUCAGGAGCUCUGAUAGACCAGGCCAAACAUCUGGGCAACCUGAGCUUCCAAGUCUGGAAGAAGAUGAGGGACCUGGCCCCUUACUGUCCUGUGAUCCUGGAUCCAAACUCUGCUCAUCCUGAGGUUCUCCUCUCUAAAGAUCUGAGCUCUGUGAGCCGAGGAGAGGAGCAGCAGCUUCCUGAUAACCCAGAGAGGAUCUCUCAUGAUGGUUCAGUCCUGGGAUCUGAGAGCUUCAAGUCAGGGUCCCACAGCUGGAAUGUGGAGGUCGGAGAGAGCUCAGACUGGUCUGUGGGGGUGUUUGUAGAGACUGACCACAGGAAAGGGGACCUACAGUCCGGGCUGUGGAGGAUCUGGUUCCAUGAUGGAGAAUAUAAAGCUCUCUCUCCAACAGAUGCAGAAACUGUCCUCACAGUCCAGAGACCGUUUAAGAAGAUCAGAGUGACCCUGGACCGUAACCGAGGAGAGCUGCUGUUCUCAGAUCCUGAGACUCACACACACAUCCACACCUUCAUACACACUUCACCGCACACCUCAGCUGAGAAGAUGUUCCCCUUCUUUAGAAACAGAGACCAACACCCGCUGAAGAUUUCACCCACCAAGGUCCCUGUGACUGUGGAAAAACUGAUGCAUGAGUAUGAUGAAGAUGAUGAUGAUGAUGAUGUUGAUGUUCUCAAUCUGAUGAGAUACAGGAAGUAUGGAGAAAUCUGGUCCAGAGUAAAGUGAUGUGAGCUUCAGUUCAUCUCUGAGAGAAGAAAAUAAGUUUGAAAUAAAUGACAGACUGACGUCAGAACGUCAGAACAUCCUCAUGUUCUGCUGAGAACUUCAACCUCAUGGAGCUGCAGGGUAACCUUAACACAGGAGAUCAUGGCGGUGAUGAUGAUGAUGGUGAAGAUGAGGAUGAUAACAGUGAUAGUGUUUAUGGCUGAUGAUGAUGGUGAUGAUGAUGAUGAUGAUGAUGAUGAAGAUGGUGAUGAUAAUGGUGAUAGUGUUUAUGGCUGAUGAUGAUGAUGAUGAUGAUGAUGAUGAUGAUGAUGAUGAAGAUGGUGAUGAUAAUGGUGAUAGUGUUAAUGACUGAUGAUGACGGUUAUGUGUACACAGGAGAUCAUAGCGGUGAUGAUGAUGAUGGUAAAGAUGAAGAUGAUAACAGUAAUAGUGUUUAUGGCUGAUGAUGAUGAUGAUGAUGAUGAUGAUGAUGAUGAUGAUGAUGAUGAUGAUGAUGAUGAAGAUGGUGAUGAUAAUGGUGAUGAUAAUGGUGAUAGUGUUUAUGGCUGAUGAUGAUGAUGAUGAUGAUGAAGAUGGUGAUGAUAACAGUGAUAGUGUUUAUGGCUGAUGAUGAUGAUGAUGAUGAUGAUGAUGAUGAUGAAGAUGGUGAUGAUAAUGGUGGUAGUGUUAAUGACUGAUGAUGAUGAUUACUAUGAUAAUGAUGAUGAUGAUGGUGGUAAUGAUAAUGAUGAGGAUGAUGAUGUUUAUAUUGUUGAUGAUGAUGAUACUCUUCUUUCUUUCUUUCCAUGACUUAGUUUUAAGGAUGAUUUUGAUGAUUUUCAUUUUAUGUUUAAACGUCAUCUUGUAUUUGAGCUCAAAAAUAUCCUUUUUCUCUUUAAUUGAAAACCGGCUACAGCGAGUCUUUGAACCGUUGACGAAGGAGGAUACAGACUACUAAAAAAAAGUCUGUUUGUCAGAAUUCAGAUUUUUUAAAAGAAUUCUAAAGUGAGAAUUUUGUCUCAGAUAUCAGAUUCUCAGGAAAGUCUGAAUUCUGAUUUUAGAGUCUGAGUUCUGAAGUCAAAGUCAGAUUAAUCUCUGUGUUCUGAUUUUUAAAUCAGGAUCCUGGUGCCAAAGUCAGAAUUCUGUUUUUUUUUUCUUAUAUCCAGGUUACUUUCCUAAUUUGUUUUUUCCCCCCCCAGAAUCCUGGCAGUGAAAAAAAAAGAUUCUGACUUUGAUCAAAAGUUCUCAGAAAAAAAUCUGAAUUCUAAAUAAAUGCUCAGAGUUACAGAGAAAAAGAAAGAAUUGUGAAUCCAGUCCAAGAAGAAAGAUUUGAGACUUUAAAUUUAGACACUGAAGAAAACAAGUCAGAACUCUGACACUCUCCUGAAGUUAAAGAAAGUCUAAAAUCUGUAUUUACUCACAAAUUUCCCAGUGAGAGCACAGAUGUAAAGAUUUAUGACUUUAAUCUCAGAAUCUUUCUGAAACACAAAUAAGAGUUCUGUCUUUAAAAGGAGUUUAACAAACUCAGAAUUCAGAGAAUUCUCAGAGGAAAAGUCAGAAUCUGAUGUUACAACCUCUGUGUUUUUGAAUUAGUGCACUUCCAUGUUUUCACCAUCCUUUCAGAUCCAUUUAAAACUGAAAAACUGCUUUUCUUCCCCGUUAACGUUUCAGCUGUCACAGUGAAUGUUUGUUAAAGCCACGGUCCGAGUAAAGGAUGAAAUUAAAGUCUGAUGUGAUCAUGAGUCCACCUCCUCUUUAGUAAAUCUACGAUUACCCUGUUUUUGUUUUUUAAUAAAUCUGUCAGUGACUCGAGUUUCUGUCUGGAGUGGUUUUGUUUUGAACGUUUGUCCUCAGGUCAUCAAAGUUCAACUUUUAUAGAUUUAUCAUAAUUAUAGUAACGUCACACACCUUCACAUUUUGAGCUUUUUAAGAGUUUAUUAACAGGAAACACUGAAGCUCAGGUGUUGGGAUAAACUCUGACCUCAAUGUUGAAUGUUGCUCAGUGAUCGAUUAUUAGAACUGAUCGACUUUGAGUGAGGGGGUUAGGUAAUAUAAGACGUGUCUUCUCCCUGCUCCCUUCCAACCGAUGGAUAAGAAACGUUGUGAUGUGAAAUUGAGAAAUUAGCUCGGCUGGAAUAAAUGAAAAUAAAAAUAAAAAGUUACUGACUUUCUGAGGUCAGACAGGAACGUCUGUGUUUCUACGUUUUCAGAGCUUCAUUUCAGACCGGUUCAGAGCAAAGAUCUGGAUUUAGAGUUCCCACUUGUAGACCCACCUUUCCCAGAUCUGAGUCCUGAUGUGGAUCUGUCAGCACCGUCCUUUCAGUCCUCAUAGAUCCCCAUCAGACCUGUCGGGGACAGUCAAACUGGGUCUCUGCUCUGUUCUGGUUCUGGUGUCUCUGUGAGGGUGUGUCCAUGUGGUUUGACCUGGACUGUCUCUGUCCUCAGAUGUCAAAGGUCCUCCAGCGCACCGGUUCUCCUGUGGACAGAGUCCGUACACCGACAGCAGAGCCUGGGACAGGAAGUUCUGCAUCCUGACGGACAGCCAGCUCAUCCUGCUCAACAAGGACGAAGAGGUCAGGACACAGACAGGGGGGACACAGGGACAGGGACACAAAAACAGGGACAUACAGACACAGACGGGGGACACAGGGACAGGGACACAAAAACGGGGACAUACAGACACAGACGGGGGACACAGACAGGGACACAAAAACAGGGACAUACAGACACAGACGGGGGGACACAGGAACAGACGGGGACACAGGGACAGAGAAGUGUGUCUGGAAGUUGUCAAACCUUUUUAUUUCAUUGAUUGAACUGAAGAUUGAUCAAUCAGUCCUGUCACUCACCCCCCCCUUCUCUCUCUCUCUCUCUCUCUCUCUCUCUCUCUCUGUCUCCCCCCCCCAGGUUGCAGGUGAGACUCAGGAAAGUCCCUCAAACUCGGCCAAGGCUCGGAGUCUCCGCAGGACUGUCAGCGUCCCCUCAGAGGGACAGUUCCCAGACUUCCCAGCAGAGGGCGCUGCCGUGUUAGGUAAGGACCAGGGGAGGGGUGUGGAGAGGGCGUGUCGUUACCAUGACAACAAACAGUUGUUGUCAAUGCUGCUGCGUGGCGCUGCGUCCUGCUGAAACAGAAAGUGGAAAUGAGAGCAGCAGUGAGUCCAAAAACAACUUUCACAUGAGAUCUGACUGGAUUUCCUGGAAUCUCCUGGAGUUUUGGAGAGUUUUUCCAGGCAGAAGGUCAGAGUGGAUCUGGUUCAGAGUUUACAGCAGUCUGAACAGGAUCAUAUCUGUGCUGCUUUAUAAGAGAGUCACUUUAAUCUGGGUUUGAUACUGAAGACUGUUUACACUGAGUAAACACUGAAACUAAAGCUGGAUUAACCACUUAUUCCCUGAUAGAUACUGUCACAACGACUCAGUUUAGUCUGGAUUUAAUCUGGGGUUAUUCUCCGUUUAGUCUGGGUUUAUGUGAAAAUACUUUGAGGACUCCUGGGUUGAGUUUUGGAUUUGUUUUGGGGUUCAUACUGGAUUAUUUCACUCUGGGUUUAGUUGGGGUUUGUUGCAGGAUUAAUUCUACAUUUCAUUCAUUGGAUUAAUUGUAGGUUCUUUACUGGGUUAAAUCCAGUUAACUGGAUUAAAUUUGGGUUUGUUGCUGGGUAGAUUCUGAGUUUAACGCUGGCUCUGUCUUGGUUCAAUAGUGAAUAUAUUUUGAGUCCCACCGUGAACUAAAAAAGGUUUGAUAACUUGAUUUGUCCUGGUUCUGAUUCUGGAUUUAACAGGAUUAAAGAUAGAUUUAUCUCAGGUUUGAAACCAGAUUAUCCUGGAUUUAUCCUGGAUUUAUCUGGGUUUAAUGCUGGAUAUAUUCCAAGUAUUAAUUUAUUUAUCCUGGGGUUUGCUACAGAUAUGUUUAGGAUUUAUUCUGGUUUGACUCUGGAUUCUCCAUCCAGGUUUAAAACUCUGUUCUGUCUUUGGUCCGGGAUUAAUCUGGGUUUAACACAGUAUUUUUGUUUGUUGUGACUCUGAUUUAAAUCUUUGUUUAAAACUAGAAAUGUGUUUGUUUUGUAACGGUCUGGAUUUAUUACCAUAGUUAUCCCAGGAUUUAUUCAGAGUUUAAACCAGGAUUGGUUUUGUAUUAAUUCUGGAUUUGGACCUGGGUUUAUUGGGUCAGUGGUGAAUUAAUCCUGGGUUUAAACUGGGUCUGAAACUGUCUUUUCAAAGCCUUUAUUGUUGCUCUCUCUGGGUUUUGUUUUGUUCUGAUUUAUUCUAAGUUUCUGUCGGUGUCUCCAAAGAUCCAGACGUGAGUUUAAGAGUCUGCUGUUUUUAGAUGUUUUCGGUCCUCCUGAGUUGAUCCCGGUCUGAGUUUGGAGAUCUCGGUUCAGUAUCAGGUGGAUGUUUCUCUCAGCCAUAAUGAUGCGUUCGGGUGCAGCCUGUAAUUUUCCUGCUCUGUGUGGGAACGUCGCCGUGGUUGGGGAAUGUCUGGAGGACAAAGCGUCCAGUGUCCAUCCGCCCGUCUGAAGGAGCGCCGCUGACCCCGCUGCCCCCGCUGCCCCCGCUGGGAUGCCUGGGCUGAGGGGAUUCCCACCCUGAGCUGCAGGGGUCCAGGUCUGCGUUCACCUCCAGGAGGACUUCUGGAAAAAAACAACUGAGUUUUAUUUUAAAGUUUAAUCCAGAGUUUAGUCUCAGUGAUCAGAUUAUUGAUCAGUUAUCAGACUGACAGACCCCCCAGUCCUUCUCCUUCAGCUACAGAGGAACUCUUUCUUUCUCUGACCUCCUUAAUCCCCCCCUCACCCCCUCCUCACCCGCCACCCAGCAGCAGAGGGGGGAGGAGGUUAUUUAUAUGUUAAUGUGCCCCCUCUGCCCACACAAACAGGCUUCCAACAACCAGUUCAGACCGGGUUUAUACUGGGAUUAGACUGGGUUUGUUCUGGGAUUAGAUCACUCUUGGUUUGAAACUUUGAUUUGAUCAGGGUGAGGGUUGUAACUGUUCAAUAAUCAGACUUCGAUCAAUACCUGAUCAGUCUUGAUUUAACUACAGGUUUUUUGUGUCUUCAUGCUGUCAGACGUGAAUAAAAAAGAGAUUUUAUUUUGUUUUUCAGUCUGAACUCUUGGUUUAAAGUUGGCCCGGGUCUAGAUAAACAGUCGGUUCUGGUUUGGAUCCAGGAACCAUGCAGCAGGGUUCAUACUGGGUUCAUAAACACUGGAUUUCACACCAGUUUAACUCCAGUUUCAUCUCAGCUUCCUCCAGGCAGGAGCUGUGGAGUAUUUUCUACUGGAUUUUAAAGGAUUUGUAUGAACUGGUACUGAUCAAUUUCACUGAUUGAUCCCUGAUCGAAUCUGUAACUGAUACUUGCUAAAAACUGGAUUACUUUGGGGUUUUAUGUCGGGGUUAUACUCAGUGCAUUAUGGGUAAAAUACUGGAAUCAUACUGAGUUUGACACUACAUUUAUUCUCGAUGUAGUACCAGAUAAUUACCGCGUAUAAUAUCAGAUUUAUUCUGGUUUUAGUUCUGGAUUGUUUCUGGUGAUGUGACCAGAUUAUUCCGGCUUCGAUAUGAGAUCUCGGAUUGAUUUAUUCUUGUUGUGGUACCUGAAUUAUUCUGGAUUUGGUUCCACUUUGAUUUUCUGCUUUGAUACUCAGUUACAUCAGACUUUAAUCCUGCAUUUAUUCCAGUUUUGACACAAGACCUGAUACUGGAUUAAUUCUGGUUCUGAUACUGGAUUAAUUCUGUUUUUUGUCAUCAGAUUUAUUCCUGCUCUGAUACUGGAUUUGUUUUUACCUGGAUCCUGGAUUUAUUCUGGCUUUAACACCAGAUUUGUUCUUGAUUUGAUCGUUUAUUCUUUUAAUUGAACCCAGACUUAUUCUGACCUCUGUUCUGGAUUAAUUCAGAAUCAGAGAUAAACUUAUUCCUGAUUCUUUGUUGCUGGGUUUCUCCCGUCUGAUUUAUUCCACUUGUAUCGUUGGAUCUGAGUUCAUGUAGAGUUUAGUUUGUUGAAGCGGUCUGGAGGUUCGGUCUGACCUGAAGUUUAAUAAUGAAACAGGAACUGUGAACUCCAGUAUCUCCCUCUUCUUCCUCUUCUUCUUCCUCUUCUUCUCGUAGUUCUGCUCUCUCUCUCUCUCCCGUGUUUUUGAUCGUUGUGGUCGAGCAGCAGAGUUGUCAUUUCAGUCCUCUGUUGUUGUUGUUGUUGGUGUUACAGUCUGAUUAUAGCGCUGACAGACCUUCAUUUACCGUCUCCACUCCUCCUCCUCCUCCUCCUCCUGCUCCUCCUCGGUCUGUUACACUUUUACUAAAAAUGGAGGUCAUGAUGUCACUAGGUGAUGUCACUGAUCACAGGUUAAAUAUGACUCAGUGCAGACGUCUACAGUCUGGGGGCAGCGGUUGGGCUCGGUCUAUUUACUGGGAGUGACUUUGAGUUUUUAUUAUGAGGGUGAAGAAACUCAAAUGUGAGACCAGGAAAACCUCUGUGUUUUAGAUUUAAUAAUCAUAAAUUUAUCUGUAUGUAGAAAUCCUCAGGUAGUUAUUUGAAGUCCUUCUGUCCGUCUGUCUGUCCUCAGUUGUUCUGUCUGUGUGUCUGUCUGUGUGUGUGUCUGUCCUCGGUUGUUCUGUCUGUGUGUGUCUGAGGUGAAGCUCGGCUGACUCUGGAUCUGCUGCAUUCCUCAGUCUGCUCUCUCCACCUGCCUGCACCACCACAAUAAAGCCCCACACAUCCUGAAGCCCUCCCUUCAAAAUAAAAGCCCCAUGAAACGUUUCCAUUCAUCCAUUAACAGCAAAAUAAUUCGGUUUGACAAAGAGGAGCGUGUGAAAAAUAAACCUGAACACAGAUUUUAUUGUUAAUUAAACAUGAAUUAACUGUAAGAGUAAAUAAAGCUCCGUUAAAGAUAGUUCUGGGUUUAUUAGAAGUUAACUGUAGAUGAAAAUAAAGUUUUUUUAAUAACAUAUAAAUAAAAUCAGGUCAUGUCAGCCUCUGUACCUGACUAAACUGAUUAUUAGAAAUGAUUAAACUCACAUUAAUUUGCUCUGUAUCUCAGUCUGUAUAAUAUUUGGUGGGAUUUCUCACUCUAGUUUAACCAUUUGUGCUUUUAUUCUGAAAGUCGUAGCCGGAAGUGUGUGUGUUAAGUUGUUUGCGGACAGCCUGAAACUGAAUGAGAGUGUUAGUGUGAGCGGACAUGAGGAGUUGAGGAGCUCGGAUGGACUUUUUCGGUGAGUUUGUCUCAGUUUGACCUUCUUUAAAACCUCCUCAGGUGUUUCUACCCGCUGCUGCCCGCGCGCUCUCCGCACGUCGGUGUGUUUGAAGUAGGUUAAAAACGCGCGUGAAGAAGUUGGUAGGAGGAGUGUCCGCCCCACUGCAACCUGCAGGUCCGAGACAGAAACAGGAGUGAACCUGUUUAUGAAUCAGAGUUUAACCUGACUAAUCGAUGACAGUCUGAGGGGUCGAUUAAUCGAUUAAAAGAGGCUGAGGAUGCAGCAGGAGAGGAACAGGUGUGGAGAAGUUUCCCACCAGAGUCUGAAUCAAACAAAAACAGAGAAGUUCAGUAUCUAUGGUGGUUUUAUAUUUCCUCUCACUUUGUUCCUGAAGUUUAUUUUUAAUUAUUCUGGAUUUAAAUGCAAAUAAAUGAUAUUUUUAUUCAGUGUUAAUCCGCCAAAAGUUUCUUUAAUUAUUAAUAAGAGCGGUCAGAUUUAGAGGAGAGUGAAAACAGUGAGGUUUGUUUUGUUUUAGUCCAAACUUCUAAUAAUGACUAAAACCUUCAUUUAAAGCUUCAGUCAGUGAUAUUAGUCAUGAUUCAGCAGAACAGACUCAGUGCAGUUAAAAUAUAAAACAUAUAAUAUAAAGUCUGUUUGGAUAAAUGUUUUAUGAUAUAUAAAAAUACAAACUUUAGUUUUUAUUAACUUUGAAUGAGUCUUCAUACAAACACAGGAGCAGUGGGGGGGGCAGCCAUCUUACAUUGUCAUGUUUCUACGGUGGCUCAGAGUGGACAAACGUGUAAACAUGUUUGUAUUUGUGGAGUGACAGCCUGAGAGAAAGACGCAGAAAUGAUUAGUACGGAGGUGAAACUUGACAAAAGGAGGAUCAGAUUUGUCCUUAAAGGCCACCGUAGUCUCCUCUAAAGGAGAAGCAGUUCAGUCUAGAACUAGAUCACUGUAGAUGUCAACAAAGAUUCUCAUUUCUGCACAUCUAUGCUCCUUUAAUUCAAAUCUGACAAGAGGAUAAUUAGCAAAAAUGUCUCCUCUUUUCCUCUUCAUUUUCUCCUCUCUCCUCACUCCUGUCCUUCCCUCCCUUUUUCUCACCUCUUUCCUCUCUCCUACUCUCCUUUCCUCUCCUCUCCUCUCCUCUACUCUCUUCUCUCCUCCUCUCCUCUCCUCUACUCCCCUCUCUUCCCUCCUCCUCUCCUCUCUCCUCUUCUCCUCGCUCCUCUCCUUCCCUCCCUUCUUCUCACCUCUUUCCUCCUCUCUCCUCCUCUCCUUUCCUCCUUCUCUCUCCUCCCCUCUCCUCCUCUUUCUCCUCUCUCCUCUCCUCUCCUUCUGUUGCUCCCCUCUCUCCUCUUUCCUCCUCUGUCCUCUCUCAUCUCCUCUUCUUUCUCCUCUCUCCAAUCCUCCUUCUCUCCUCCUCUUUCCUCUCCUCCUCUCCUCUUCUCUCCUUUUGUUGCUCCCCUCUCUCCUCCUCCUCUCUCCUCCUUCUCUCCUCCUCUCCUCUCUCCUCCCCUCUCCUCUUCUUUCUCCUCUCUCCUCUCCUCUCCUUCUGUUGCUCCCCUCUCUCCUCUUUCCUCCUCUGUCCUCUCUCCUCUCCUCUCCUCUUCUUUCUCCUCUCUCCUAUCCUCCUUCUCUCCUCCUCUUUCCUCUCCUCCUCUCCUCUUCUCUCCUUUUGUUGCUCCCCUCUCUCCUCCUCCUCUCUCCUCCUUCUCUCCUCCUCUCCUCUCUUCUCCCCUCUCCUCUCCUCCUCUCCUCCUCCUGAUGGUCAGGUGAUCCUCCUGUUUUCACUGACCUUGUAUUCAUGGAUUAAGCUCCUCCCUCUGAGGCUGUGAUGUCAUAUUUCCUUACAGACAGCGACCUUUGACCUGCAGACAGUUUCAGCUGAACUUCAGUGUGUGUGUGUGUGUGUGUGUGUGUGUGUGUGUGUGUGUGUGUGUGUGUGUGUGUGUGAAUCACAUCACUCACGCUCCCCGCUCUCAUUAGCGGACGCCGCUGCUGCUGCUGCGGCGGCGGUUACCCUGGAUUGUGGCGCUCCAGCUGUCCUCAGCUCAGACCUAAUUAGAUCAUUGUGUCCCAAAUUAUCUUCAGGUUGUUCUGUGAUCGUCUGAGGAUGUCUGUGUGUGAGCUCGCUCUCUUUAAAGGGACAUACCGCUCUUUUUUUAAAAAGUCUGUGUGUCUUAACGAGGCUGCAGGUUUGAUUUGUGUCUGCGGAUUAAUGAGAACGGCGUCCUCGUGGCGGGCGACACAGUGGACUGAUUCUGUCUCCUGGAUGGACGCAGAUGUUGCUCCUAAACCUGGAGAUAUUGUCUAAAACCGAGGAUGCAGCAUCUAUGAUUUCUAGAUCUAGUCCAGUUGUCCUUUCCAGAAGAGAGUUCUAAACCCAUGCGGAGACUCCACCUCCAGAGUCCUGAUCCUCCUAAACCUGGAGAUCUAGUUCAGCAAAGACUCGGAUCGUGUUUGGAUCCAGCAGAACCGAGCCUCGUGUAAACAAGCGUGUGGGUCAGAAUAAUGAUGGGACUGUGGUGAAGGCAGCAGAUCUGAUGAAUAUGAAGGAGCAGGGAGGAAUGUGAGGAGAUGUGAGAGGAGGCGUCGGUAAACACAAGCGCUCUGAUUAUGAGAGGAGACAUUCUCUGAGUAUCUGUUAAAGAGGAGGACUGACGGAGUCUUUGUUGUGGUUAAUCGUCGUUGUUGUUGUUGUUGUUGUUGUGGAGUUACAGACGUGUUAACAGGUUUGACUCUGGAGGCCUGAUCAGCUGAGAGUUCAGACAUCGAACCGUAAAUCAGCUGUGAGCGGACGAGUUCUGUCUGAAUAAUCUCAUAUUUAAUAAUCUAUAAUAACAUCACUGACAGACUCUUAAUCCCUCUGUAAUGAGCUCAAUCGCUCGUUAGCAGCCGCUCUUUGUCCGGUCUGACAGUCCUGACUGUAAACCGCCGCCGUGCCUUCAGGCUCUCGUGGAUCUGAACUCUAAACCCCGUCCGUCCAUCCGUCCGUCCGUCUGUCAGAGCUGCACCCAGUCGCUCCCACACAAAGAGCUCAUUCACUCUCAGAUUAGCUCUGUUGUGUUUCUCCUGUUGUCAGGUGUGUCUACUCAUGAAUGAAACUCCGACACGUUUCCGCCGUUACACAUUCCUCUCGCCGCUUUACGGUGACAUCACAGCAGCCUCGCUUUCUCUCUCCUGUAACCGCCUGUGACGUCAUGCCGAUCACAUGUGAGACGAGGGAGACCCACCACAGAGAGAGGAGUUCUUACUUUAGUCUGGGUCUCUAUUACUGUCAUGUCCUCCUUUCUCUGCUGGUUUCCAGUCUGAACUGGAUCUGCAGUCUGACAGCGUCCAGGCUGGUGAAGGUCAUCAUCACGGCGUCUGUCAGAGGAGACACACGCCGCUGGAUUCACCAAAUAUAUCGAUUAAACCGAGACUCCUCUGAUCAAUAACCGCCUGACAAGGGAAGGAGGGAGGAGGAAGGAGUUAGGAGGAGAGAGGAAGUAGAGUAAAAGAUGAUCGGCAGUGAAACAGAAGGUACGUAGGAGGAGUGUCUACAGACUAGGACUGAUCACGAUAUAUUCCGUCAUAUCGUCCGAUCUCGAUUAUUAUCACGAUCUUUUUUUAAACUGUCAGUUUUAAAGCCUCUGUACUAAAAACUAAAGAAACUAAAGAUGAGUUCAACAUUUUAUUAACAUACAGAGUAAAAAACAAAGAAUAAGAUAAACUAAGAAAAAUAUAAAAACCAUUUUAACUCAACAGAACAACAAAAGUAGAUCAAUAUUAAACAGUGAACUAGUCUACAGACCUUUAGUCUACAGACCUUUAGUCUACAGACCUUUAGUCUACAGACCUUUAGUCUACAGACCUUUAGUUUACAGACCUUUAGUUUACAGACUUUAGUUUACAGACCUUUAGUCUACAGACCUUUAGUCUACAGACUUUAGUUUACAGACCUUUAGUUUACAGACCUUUAGUUUACAGACUUUAGUUUACAGACCUUUAGUCUACAGACCUUUAGUCUACAGACUUUAGUUUACAGACCUUUAGUUUACAGACCUUUAGUCUACAGACUUUAGUUUACAGACUUUAGUUUACAGACCUUUAGUCUACAGACCUUUAGUCUACAGACCUUUAGUUUACAGACCUUUAGUCUACAGACCUUUAGUUUAGAGCUAACGUUGUUUGAUCAGGAAUAUUUUAACACUUUGGUUUUCAGAUGGUUGAAGUUGAUCAGCUGAUCGGUCAGCUGGCGUCAGGAUCAGCUGGUUUAAUGUGGGCGGAGCUUGAGUUUGUGGCCUGCCUGGACUAACACCGAGUACAAUGAUUGUCAGUUAGAAGUUCAGAGGAGGACUGUCCAAAGAGGGUUUAGAUCCAACGUCUGGAGACCGUGAAAAUGAAGAAGCUGUAAACUGAGCGAUUAAAACUGAACAGUAUCUCUGUUAGUGGACUCUCUCUCUCUCUCUCUCUCUCUCUCUCUCUCUCUCUCUCCCUCCCUCUCUCUCUCUCUCUCUCAGUUAAUAGCUGAAGCCCCCAGAGUUGUGUCCCACAUCAGUCGGCUGAGGGGGAAACUUAUUUGGUAAUUAUCCUCUGAGCGCAGAGAUAAAUGUAGCUGCCAAAGAGGAGGAGGAGGAGGAGAGGAAGGAAAGAAGGAAAGAGGGAGGGAGGGAGGGAGGGAGGGAGUGAGCAUGCAACUGAGCUGCUGCAGAGAGAGAGAGAGAGAGAGAGGAGUGACUGCAGAGAGAGGGAGGAAAGGAGAAGAAGAGGGGAGGACGGAGAGAAAGCAGAACAGUGCAGUUAGAGGGAUUGAUUGAAUAAAUGCGGUAAAACCUCAGCGAGAGAGAGAGAGAGAGAGAGAGAGAGAGAGAGAGGGAGAGAGAGGAAGGGUUAGAAUUACUGCUGAGUGGAGAGAGAGAGAGAGAGAGAGGGAGAGAGAGGAAGGGUUAGAAUUACUGCUGAGUGGAGAGAGAGAGAGAGAGAGAGGCAGAGGGAGGAGGAUGCGGUGCUGAGGAAGGAAAGGCAGGUCGGAGGAGGAGGAGGAGGAGGGGGACGCCAAAGUCGAAGAUGUUCACGGGACGAAGACGAAUGUUUGCAUCUUAACCUCAUUGGCUGACAGGUGGCAGCUGCUUCGGCCAAUCCCGUCUGACCGUGUGUGUGUGUGUGUGUGUGUCCUCUCCUCCUCAGAUGAUGGGGAACAGCUGUGAUCGAGGUACCGUCUCCUCCUCUCUUUCUCUCUCUCUCUCUCUCUCUCUGUGUUUCUGUGUCUCUCUGUCAUGUGACCACUUGUCGUACCUGGCGUCCUGCGGCAUGUCGCCUCAACUUUUGUCCCCCGAAGAAGAAGAAGAGCGAGGACGUCCUCUGUGUGGGACAUCCUCGCUCCUCUUCCUCAUGAGGGGGAGGGCCGUGCAUGAAAGUUUGUCCCGGCUCCGUGCGGCGCUCCGUGCGGCGCUCCGUGCGGCGCUGCGUGUGCAUGUGGCGAGCGCCCUGCAGCUGGAACUCGAUCCAGCACUUUGUAAAGCUGAUAACUGCUGACUGCUGCUGCAUGCUGCGUUCACUGACACUCCGAACUCUCAGCUCUCCGUGUUGCAGUGAACUUCCUCUGAUCUCUGAGGGUCCGUGUGUUAUUGAUCCGCAGUAUCGACUGAUGAUCUGAGUGUUUAGUUAGUGUUCAACAGCCAAUAGAGGAUUGACAUGAUUGAAUGAUCUGUGAUUUACUGGGGGAUCAACUCACACACACACACACACACACACACACACACACACACACACACACACACAGAGCUCAUGUUUGGACCCCUGUGGAGUUGAGAUCAGCUCUGUUCAUUGUUGAUAUUUUCUGAGUUUGUCUGUUUCAUAGAUUUCUCUGUAGUUUUGAUAUCUGCAGCAUUCGCACGUUUACGAUGUUUGACGUUUGUGACCUCGACCACGUCAGGCUCCUCCUGUUUCUGUUUGAUUGAUGAAGGAGACGCUCUGUCGUCCUCCAUGACUGAUUUAGAAUAAUAAGUAAAUAAGAUGAAAAUGAGGAUGAAGAUGAGGAUGAUGAUGAUGAUGAUGAUGAUGAGAAUGAGAAUGAUGGUUAUAAUAACGAUGGUGAUAAGGACAAUGACGAUGAUGAUAAUUAUAAUGAUGAUGACAGUGAGGAUAAUAAUGAUGGUUAAGUGAGAAUGAUGAUGAUGAUGAUGAUGAUGAUGAUGAGGGGAGGAAAACCAGGACUGAAGGAUCUCUGUAGUUUUGAUGUGUCCGCACGUGUUUGAUGUUUGACGUUAAGAGUUUGACCUCGACCACGUCAGGCUCCUCCUGUUUCUGUUUGAUUGAUAAAGGCGACGCUCUGUCGUCCUCCAUGACUGAUCUAUAAUCAAAGUAAAUAAGAUGAAAAUGAAGAUGAAAUGAGGAUGAUGAUGAUGAUGAUGAUGAUGAUGAUGAUGGUAUUGAGAAUGCUGAUAAUGAGGAUAAGAAUGGUGAUAAUGAGACUGAUGAAGAUGAUGAUGAUGAUAGCAAUGACAAGAAUGAUGAGGAUGAUGAAAAUGAAACUGAUGAUAAGAAUAAAGACAACAAUGAUGAUGAUGAUGAUAGGAAUGAUGAUGAUUAUUAUGAGAAUGAUAAUGAUGAAACGAUGAUUGAUGAUAAUGAUGAUGAUGUUGAUGAUGAUGAUGGUGGUAAUGAUGAUGUGUUCCUCCAUGACUGAUCUACAGCUAAAGUAAAUCAGUCAGAUAUCAUCAGAUCAAUAAUGUCAUAAACCUUUAUCUGAAUCUGAAUCAGGACUCUGAGCUGAGUUGGUCCUGUUUCUGGUGUUUUUGGAGUCCUGAUGUUCCAGAUGUCUUCAGGACCACAUCAGUCCAGGACCCUCCUCCACCAGAGUCCUGCUGGUCUAAUCCCUGUGGUCAGAAUCUGGUUUGACAGUCAGGUGGUCCAGGGUUUCCACAAAGAUGAAACUUUUUAAAAUCUUUAUUUCUUUGACUUUCUCUGAGUCUGAUCAAAGAUCUUCACUCCUACACUGAGUCUUUAAACCUGUCCUGGUCUUAGUCUCGGUCCUGGUCCCGGUCUGUUCAGGCUCUUUUUCUGGCCCUCUGGAGAUGAUCCACCGUCACCGUGGCUGACGCUGCUGUCGUAAGUGAGGAGUUAUUUUCAGCUUCCUGGAGUCUGGACCGUCCCUGCAGCCUGCAGACUGGUCGGUGGUUUAAGAGCUGAUCCAGGAGCCGCUCAGGCCUCAGGAGACCCACUUCAACAACCUGAGACACGCAGGCUGAGGGGUUAGCAGGAGAGGAAGGAAGAGGGUCUAAAAUUAGCUGUAAAAUCGAUGAGGCUGGAUGAGAGCCAGACCUGAGGACGUGGCCUUUUACUGCUUUACCAGGACCAGCACGCAGAGACCCUGAGGUCUGAGGGGGGUCUCUCUAAACCAGGACCUCUUCAGGGUAUGACUGUCCGUCCAGUUUGGAGGUGACACAGAUCUCUAUCUGGAGCUGGAGGCUCUCAGGAGGUCAGGGGGCUGCUGGUGUGGGACUCUGGGUGUCUUUGUCCUUGACACACUUCAGUCUGAGAGAUGGAGGGGGGGGGCACAGGGACUUCAUGGACCUCCAUGUCAGGAGUGAAGCUCAGAUGUUGAAGUGUGAGUUAUGUGAUGAUGUCAGACCAACCCUCAUGGUCUCAGCUGCUGAUUGGUUAAUUUGAUUCUGCAGGAAGUCGCUGACGUCGAACAAACACGAUCUGUCGUCUCUCCUCUGUCGAAUGAUUCACCUCGUCCUUCAUCUGUCUGUCUCAGACUGAGAGAUCGACAGCUGAUGAGGAUGAUGAUGAUGAGAAUGAGGAUGAUAAUGAUGAUGAUGAUAAUAAGGAUGAUAGUGAAAACAGUUAUGAGGAUGAUCAUGAUGGUAAUAAAAGGAUGAUAAUGAGAAUGAUGGUGAUGAGGAUGAUGAUAAUAAUUAUGAUAAUGAGGAUGAUGAUGGUGAUGAAGAUGGUGAUGAGAAUGAUGAUGUGAAUGAUGAUAAUGAGGAUGAAGAGGUAGUGAUAAAAAUGACGACAAUGACAAUGAUGAUGAUAUUUAUGAGGAUGAUAAUGAUGAUGACAAAGAAAGAGACUCCAUGUGUUAACCCAUCUCUGUCUGUGUGUGUGUGUGUGUGUGUGUGUGUGUGUGUGUGUGUGUGUGUGUGUGUGUCUCAGCAGAAGUGUCUUCGGAGCGCUCUCCCAGGAGGAGGAGUAUCUCCGGUCUGGGGAGUUCGGAAAAGACCGUCACUGUGGACAACCCAAACUCGUCUCCUUUUAAAGUGCCGGUGAGUCUGUGAAGGUGGUCAGUGAGUGUGAGGGACGCUCUGAUCCGACCGUGAUCAUGAGACACUGGAGAUGAGACAGCUGGUGUAUAAACCUCUAAAAUCAGGAAAAACUCCUACUCCUACUACUUUUUCAGGUUUUUAGACGUCAUUUCACCCCGAUGACACCAUGGAUGAGGAGAUGCUGAUUCUAGAAGUCUAGAAGUAGAUUUCCUCCUCUGGAAGGACACAAUCUACUGCUUAUAUGUCUAUGUGUCUGUCUUUAUAGAGACGACUCGUUAUCGCGUUCUUGUGAUUCCUGCUGUCUGUAAUCCGCCAUGAAAUUCACUUGACAAACGGAUCCAGUAGGAAUUGGCGUACAGCAAAAAUCGCCGCCGUUCUGGAUGCGUUGGAAAUUGGGGAUAACUGUGAACAUCCUGUCAGGGUUAAAGUCGCACAGAGGCGAGGAGCUCCACCAUGAGCUCACUCCAGCUCUGAGGAGGAGGAGGAUGUUUAGUCCUGACAGAUGAUACUCUUGAUUUCAUGGUUCAAACCGAGUCCCUGCAUAUUUAGACAGUAAGAGCUCCACCUCCAUGUCCUCUGAACACGAGAGUCCAGGUGCUUCAGUCCCUCAGGACGGAGCUGAGAACGCCGCAGGUACCUCCAGAGUCAGCCUGACGUGUGGCGGCAUCAGUGAGCUGCUCUCCAUGUCUUCAUGUCUGAUCUAUUUUUAGCUCGUCUCUGCUGCCGCUGACACGUCUCACAUCCAGCUGUCAGGAGGCCAAACCCGACUCUGUGUUUCUCUCUGAAGCCUCACGCUGGUCGACGACACGCUAACGCUAACCGUCUGCCGCCGUGAGAGAGCGUGUGAGCGCGAGCGAGCCGGGAGAGAGGCUGUGAUCGACUGAGUCAGACAAGCUGUGAGAGGAGACGCAAAACAGACACGACCUGCUAAAGUGAUUAAAAAUAAACGCUUGGUGUUCCCGAGCGCCGGAGGAAACGAGUCAGAGAGUCACCGGGAGGUCAGGAGGAGUCAGACCUCACCCAGAGGUUUCUGCAGGGUUCUGAAGAGUCCAGGAUCUCUGAAACUCUGAGCCACCUGAGGUUAAAGUUCGACAGGAGUUUAAAAAUGUUUGUUUUUAAGGUUUAUCAGGAGCUGCUGCAGAACCGGGAAGGAAACAUGAGAGAGUCUAUAACAGACAAGAUCUGGACUUCUGCACUCAAUAUGAAAAACAGUUUUAGCCUGAAUCUGUAAUCGGCCAAAACUCGCUGAUUGACGCCAAUAUUUUCAGAAAUAAAACGCAGAGGAUAAAAUUCGGUUUCACUUCAAAAAUGUUCCGCCAUUUGAAAAGUUCCCCGCCUUAUCCUGUAGAUGGCGCAGUGACCUCGUGACAAUCUUCAUCCACUAACUACUAGUUAAAAAUUCAUGAUAAAUACGUGGAACAUUAAUGAGGUUCAAGUUACUGAGACGUGUUUGAAAGACACAAAAGCAGCUAAAAAUCAGUAAAUAUGUAGAUAUAUUAAUUAAAUUAACAAAAUUUUUAAACUUAUUAAAAACUUUUAAAAAUCGGCCAAUUAAUCGGUAAUCGGAUUUUUUCCUCCCUGAUAAUCGCCCCCAAAAAAUCCAUAUCGGUCGGGCCCUAAUUCAGACAAUUUUCCGAACUUUCUGGUUGGUUUCUACUGUCCGAUAUUGUAGCACGCUAACUUUGUUUGGGCUCCUGAACGACACGGGGGAGCAGCGUCUGCCUCACAACCAAUCAGGUUAGAGGAGGUGGAGAACGGCUUUGUUUACAGUCAGAAAGAGCGGACCGCUCAGAAAUGUUCAAAUGUUGACGACACAGACAUAAGAGAACACAGAGAUAUCGAUAUAUUACCAAAUAAUCAAUAACUAAUAACUAUUGACUGAUAUUAGAAGAGUUUUUGUAUUAAAACCACAAAAAUAGAUGCUUCUUUAACAGAUUCCUGACUAGUCCACCUUUAAAGAGAAAAUUAUAAAUUAUUAUCAUGUUAAACUGUUUCAGUAUCAAACAGAAACACAGAGAUUAUCAAGUGUGUACAUGUGUGUAUCUCUGAGAACAGAGGUGUGUGUUCGUUCGUGUCGCUCAGACCUGAAUAAUCGUUUUUCUCGUUGGUUCUCUGGCGCUCUGUUGAACAAACUCACGGCCUCUUCGUCAUUGUUGUGUCGAAUUAAAGAUGUGUGUGUGUGUGUGUGUGUGUGUUUGUGUGUGUGUGUGUGUGUGUGUGUGUGUCAGGGUGUCGUGAAUCAGAGGAAGUUUGCGCUGAAGCUUCACGGGUCGUCGUCGUCUCAGUGUCUAUUUUUAGUCUCAGUCUGACUUCAGAGGGUCUCUUCAUACAGCUGACACAGGCAGAGAGCAUGCUGGGAGGUGGAGCGGCGCCGACAGGAUGGUUAACGCUCUCAGCUGACUGUCAGAAAUAAUCAUCAAUAGAUGUGAUCGGGUUGAUCGACGGAGUAAAGAUAGUUUCUUAUUUUCAGAGCGCUCAGUGAAGAAACCGGGUCAGAACCAGAACAACCAGAACCAGAGGGGUCGGUACCAGUAAACAGAACCAGAGAGAGACAGAGAGAGACUAAAGAUGACCUCCACCAGCUUAGACUGUACGCUCCACCUCCAUCUGAACCAGAGGAGAGAGGAGUUAGGAGAGAGGAGUUAGGAGGGAGGAGACAGGGGAGAGGAGUUAGGAGUUAGGAUGAGGACACAGCCGGUCUGGGUUAUUCCUGAGGGUUAAGGCUGGAUGCCCUUCCUUUGAACUGUUUUAUUCUCUUCACUGUUUCACUCCUGUUUCUAAUCUGUUUCAGUUAUCUGAUAGAUUGAUCAUAAUCAUUGAUCCUGUUAUUGAUUGUUUUUCUGUCUUCAUUAUAAACUCGCUCUUCAACACUAAAGCAGAAAAUAAGAAAUAAACAAAAACCAGAGUUAGUUUCAUAUUUGUACAAAAACUGAAGAGAGUUUUUGGAGGUCAGAGGAUCGUCUGCAUACAGAGAGAGUUCAGGUGUUUGUUCUCCUCUAAGAACUCCUCUAACUCCUCAUCGUCUCUGAAACUGGACUUGAUUUCAUCAGCUGACCUCCACGGUCUGAUCUUUGGUUCCUGUUCUUCACUCUCUCAGGGGUUCUUCAGUAAACGUCUCAAAGGUUCCAUCAAGAGGACCAAGAGUCAGACCAAACUGGACCGGAACACCAGCUUCAGACUGCCCUCGCUGCGACCCGCCGACGCUGACAGGUAACCUCCUUACACACUCACUGCUGUGUGUGUGUGUGUGUGUGUGAGAGUCAUGGACAGACUCGUCCUGGAGAUCUGUCCAUCUCUGUCCAGGUCCAUGUCCACGCUCAGCCUCAGCGGUCCUGAGGUCAUGUGACUCUCUGUGACUCUGUGGUUGGUUAUCACACAGAGACUGAAGCUGCUCUUUGUUCUCGAAGUGACACAGAGCAGCAGUGACAGCGCGUCGUAUUAGGACUCAUUUCCUGUUCUGGUUCUGGGUCCUGCUCUUCCUGCUCGACCCAAGAUGAACUCUGUCAGUCCCUCAGUCUGUCCCUCAGUCUGUCCCUCAGUCUGUCCCUCUGUCAGUCCCUCAGUCUUUGUCUCUCAGAUGGUAGUUUAAUCACAGCAGUCUUGUAGAGGAAGGAUAAAUCGCUCCUCUUUUGUGGGUUAGUCUUCCUCCUCUUCAUCUUCAUCUUCUUCCUCCUUCCAUUAACCCGCCCAGACUUCCCAGCACUGACUGGAGGAGCUUUUACUGGCAGACUGACUCCUCUCUCCGUCUGCGGGUCACUUUCCUCUUCUCAGUUUGCAGACAGAUUUGAGGAGUUUAGAUCCAAAGAGUCUCACAGAGAUCCUCUCACAAGUUCUUACACCUGAAACUGGUUCAGCUGAAUCAGACCUGCAGGGUCCACCUCAGACUAACCCUGGUCCACCUCGGACUAAUAAUAAUGAUGAUAAUAAUAACAAUAAUAACAAUAAAAAUAAUAAAAAUAACAAUAAUUAUAGUAACAACAAUAAUAAUAAUAAUUAUAAUAAUAAUAACUAUAAUAACAAUAAAAAUAAUAAUAAAUAACAAUAACAAUACUAACAAUAACAAUAAUUAUAACAAUAACAACAAUAAUAAUAAUAAUUAUAAUAAUAAUAACUAUAAUAACAAUAAAAAUAAUAGAAAUAACAAUAACAAUACUAACAAUAACAAUAAUUAUAACAAUAACAACAAUAAUUAUAAUAAUUAUAUAAUAAUAACAAUAAUAAAAAUAAAAAUAAUUAUAAUAACAACAACAACAAUAAUAAUAAUAAUAUUAAUUAUAAUAAAAAUAAUAACUACAACAACAAAAAUAAUAAUAAAAAUAACAAUAACAAUAAUUAUAACAACAACAAUAAUAAUAAUAAUAAUAAUAAUAAUAAUAGUCACAAUAACAAUAUUAAUAAUAAUACAGAAUCCAGCUUUGCUGCCAGCUCGGGCCCUAAAAAAACAACUACAAACAAAAUAAUCCGUCUGUACUUCAAACAUCUGUACACGUCAAAGAUAAAUUUACACAAACAUAUGAUUGUCAAAAUAAACAGUUUGAGAAGAUAUUUGAAAAAAAAAAUCUAUAAGUAUAAAUAAUAAAGAUCUGUGUAAAAACCUCCAUAUUAAACACAAAUAUAUCUGCUCAACACUACACAGGUUACUUUUUAUCAUUAUUAGUAUAUUAUAAUAAUAACCAGUGUUAUAAUAUUCAGAAUUAUUAUUAUUAUUAUGCACUCAAGUAUAUUUAGUAUAAAAACAUAUAUUAGUUAGUUUACUUCUGUGAAUCUUUGAAUUCUUCUCUAUAGUUUAGUUUAAAUAUUUUAAUAUUAUUGGACAUUUUUAAUGUUUUUUUUUCAGUUUUGAUGACGUCUGUGUGGAUUAAAGUGGCGUCCUCCGCUGGAUAAACUCUUCUUCUGUGAAUUAUUUUAUAUCGGAGAGUCAGGGAUGAAAAAACACUUCCUGUUACUCUGACCUCAGAGCGUUUCUGCUCACAUGUUAGACUGGACUGAUGCAGCCUCAGAGUGUGUGUGUGUAUGUGUGUGUGCGUUUGUGCGUGUGUGUGUGUGUGCGCGCCACAGAAUGUCAGCCAGCUGGACAGGAGGAUAAUGCUUUACACACACACACACACACUCAGCCUCUCCCCGUCAUCAUCAGUCAGCUCUGAGCUCAAACUCCUGAUGGACGGCUCGUCGUCUCUCCUCCGCAGAGCUCGAAUAGCUCAGCUCUCCAAAACGCUCAGGUUCAGGUAGGACCGUGUGUGUGUGUGUGUGUCUGCGCGUGUGUGUGUGUGUGUGUGUGAAUCCUCUCUCUUUCUUUCUUUGCUGUGAAAAUAAUGAGGCUUUGCUCUGGACGAGUUUCUCUGAGUUUUAAACUGCAGAGUCAUCACAGAGACGGAGACGCUACGGCAGGCUGUGAUGGACAAACUUCAUUUACAGAGACUGUUUUUAAGUCUGGUUCAGCUCGAGGCUCCGUGCAGGAAUAUUCCAGGAAGGAUGGAUGUGUUGGUGAAGUUCCACCCUGACUCUCCGCAGACCUUUUUUUCCUGUAAAACCUCAGGGUGACGUGGUCGAGUCGGUGUGUGAGCGCAGCAGGUCAAGUCUGAUCAGAAAGCAGAUGGGCGAGGUGAUGGCGUUCACGAGGACCAGCGUUUGUCUCUCGCCGUCUUUAUGUUGUGGAAAUGUCCUCGUACAUCGUUCAUGUUGACUCCUCCUCCUCCUCCAUCACGCUCAGAGACCAGUAAGACCUGACCAGAUGUGUUCAUGUUAAAGAUGAUGUAGUUUAACUGAGUCCCAGAAGUUAAACUGGCUCUGGUGUCGUUGCACGGAUUGCAGGACAGGACGUUUAAACUGAAAAGCGAAUCACUGAAACUGUUCGUCUGUAAUUAAAGAUAUUUAUCGUUAUUAAUCAGUGAAGGAUAAAGUUCAUCAGAAGAGGGUCUGACUCUCUCCAUGACUCCUGGUCUCUGUGACUCUAAAUGUGACCCUAAUAUCCUGAAUGAACAUCAUGAUGUUCUGAGGAAGACUGUGACUCCUAUAGACUUUCACUCGACUACCAGAGGAGUCGCCCCCUGCUGGACAGUAGAGAGUGUGCAGAUGUGUGACACUUGGACUCAUAAAUCUGUGUUACUGUCUGUCUGCUUGUAGUCUUCACAGGAAUUAAAGAUGCAGUUAAUGUGUGUUCAGAUCUGAGUGAGAGCUUCCUCCUCCUCCUCCUCGUCUUCCUCGUCUUCCUCUGACAGCAGAGUGGAUCAGGUUUCUGUCCUGAUGCAGGAGACCAGCCCUUCCUGAAACUGUGUUUGUGUGUGUAUCAGUGUGAGUGUUUCUGUUGUCAUACUUUGGUGUGUGUGUGUGUGUGUGUGUGUGUGUGUGUGUGUGUGUGUGUGUGUGUGUGUGUGUGUGUGUGUGUGUGUUUGUGAAUAUUUUCCGCCCCUGAACAAACACUGACUGUGUUCAGUUACUGAAGCGUUUCUGCUUUACAGGUUUGAACAAAUCCACCUUUAAACUCAGCCGUGGAAAAAAGCUCAGAGAAAGAGUUCGAGAAAAUACCUUUGAUUUUUCUGAUGGAAACAGUCGGACAAAUACUAGAAAUACUGACCAGAACUGUCAAAUACUGGAAAUACUUCUAUAAACUGACAAAUACUGGAAAUACUUCUAUAAACUGACAAAUACUGGAAAUACUCUUAUAAACUGACAAAUACUGGAAAUACUUCUAUAAACUGACAAAUACUGGAAAUACUCUUAUAAACUGACAAAUACUGGAAAUACUCCUUAAAUAGACGAAUACUGGAAAUACUCUUAUAAACUAACAAAUACUGGAAAUACUGUGUAGAACUGACAAAUACUGGAAAUAUUCCAUAAACUGACAAAUACUGGAAAUACUCUGUAGAACUGACAAAUACUGGAAAUACUUCUAUAAACUGACAAAUACUGGAAAUAUUCCACAGAACAAAUUAAUACUGGAAAUACUCCUCAAACUUGACAAAUACUGGAAAUACUCCUUAAAAAAACUGAAAAAUACUGGAAAAACUGACCAGAACUGACAAAUACCGGAAAUACUCCUUAAAUAGACAUAUACUGGAAAAACUCUUAUAAACUGACAAAUACUGGAAAUACUCCUUAAAUAGACGAAUACAGGAAAUACUCUUAUAAACUGACAAAUACUGGAAAUACUCUGUAGAACUGACAAAUACUGGAAAUACUUCUAUAAACUGACAAAUACUGGAAAUAUUCCACAGAACAAAUUAAUACUGGAAAUACUCCUCAAACUUGACAAAUACUGGAAAUACUCCUUAAAAAAACUGAAAAAUACUGGAAAAACUGACCAGAACUGACAAAUACCGGAAAUACUCCUUAAAUAGACAAAUACUGGAAAAACUCUUAUAAACUGACAAAUACUGGAAAUACUCCUUAAAUAGACGAAUACAGGAAAUACUCUUAUAAACUGACAAAUACUGGAAAUACUCUGUAGAACUGACAAAUACUGGAAAUACUUCUAUAAACUGACAAAUACUGGAAAUAUUCCACAGAACAAAUUAAUACUGGAAAUACUCCUCAAACUUGACAAAUACUGGAAAUACUCCUUAAAAAAACUGAAAAAUACUGGAAAAACUGACCAGAACUGACAAAUACCGGAAAUACUCCUUAAAUAGACAUAUACUGGAAAAACUCUUAUAAACUGACAAAUACUGGAAAUACUCCUUAAAUAGACGAAUACUGGAAAUACUCUGUAGAACUGACAAAUACUGGAAAUAUUCCACAGAACAAAUUAAUACUGGAAAUGCUCCUCAAACUUGACAAAUAGUGGAAAUACUCUUAUAAACUGACAAAUACUGAAAAUACUCCUAAAAACUGACAAAUACUGGAAAUACUCCUCAGAACUGUCAAAUUCUGGAAAUACUAUCAAAACUGACGAAUACUGAAAAUACUCCACAGAACAAAUAAAUACCUGAAAUACUCUUAUAAAACUGACAAAUACUGGAAAUAUUUACCAGAACUGACAAAUACUGAAUAUACUGUACAGAACAGACAAAUACUAGAAAUACACUUAUAAACCUGACAAAUACUGGAGAUACUCUGUAAAACUGAAGAAUGCUGAAAAUACUCCUCAGAACUGACAAAUACUGGAAAUACUCCUUAGAACAAAUAAAUACUGGAAAUACUCUUAUAAACAGACAAAUACUGGAAAUACUUCUAAAAUUAUCAAAUACUAUUAAAAACUAACAAAUACUGGAAAUACUCAUUAAACCUCACAAAUAAUUUUAAAAAAUUUCAGUUUAACCUUUUUUUUUUUUUUUUUUUUAAUGCUGAGAUUCGUCGGGCGUAGAGGAAGUGACGGGCUGACUCAGCAGGAAUCACUCUACUUGAUUCGUUCAUCGUCUCCUCUGCUGAAACAGUUUUGAACCUUUUUGUCGUUUUCUCCCUGAAAUAUUUAAAAAACUGGAGCUCAGAUUUAUAGACGUCAGGAUUACUCGGAGCGGAGCGCUCGAGUUAAUGUUCUCAUCUGCUCUCAGACUCUUGAUCUGAUUGGUUGAUGUAUUUACAGCGGGAGAGGCCGGAUGGUGUCACAGCAUCAGUGUAGAUCUCAACUCUCUAAUCCUGGUUUACGUAACUCAUCUGACACAGGAGGAGGAUUACACACACACACACACACUCUCACUCACUCAGUGAAUUAAACAGUGAUCUCCUGAAAGGCUCACACUGCGGUCUGCGUGUAUUUUAAAACAUGACGCUUUAACUUAUUUUUAUUUUCCCUCUUUGUGUUUUUUGCACUUAACUGAUUUAAAAUGAUGUUUUUUCAGCACUUUAGGUCCGAACAGCCCGACUAUAAAUACUCUAAAAUCGGCGGUCCUCAUCCUGCUCAGAUGACAGGGUGAAUUUUAUAAGCGGACAGAACGUAGAAAAACUCCGAUCAGGCCUUAAUUUAAUUUGUUUUAAAGAAUCAUGUCGAACCCUCAGUGUUUUCCUCCUGAGACCGGUCUGUAGUUAGACACCUGCCUUGCUCCUCUCUGCGUCACACACGCUGCCUAGCUCCCGCUCUCCCAUCAGAGGUUGUUACCAUGGAAACGUUCCCCACGGGAGGCCCCGUGAUUGGCCGUCCCAGGACUUUGUUUACUGCCAGCUAGACUGGAGGAAAGCUUCAUUAGAGGACGAAACUCUGAGAGUGAGAGGAGCUGCUGCUGCUGCUGCUGCUGUCUGCUGAGGGGACGAGGCGGGAGGACGGCGGGAGCAGGGGGAGUCCAGGAGGAGGGGGAUGCUCUGGGGAACCCCGCUCACCUGGCUCUGUGGUUGUUUUUCGUAGGUAGUUCAGCCCAAACUAAACGAUCACAGAGGAGGAAAAUUAUUGUCUUAUCACACGGCUUCACUGGUAUCGUACAGAUCUGACCUUAAAACAUCUGCAGAGGUCAGGAGUUGUCGGUCUACUUCUGCCUCCGCUGGGAAGUCUGCGGAGUGAUUGUGCGACAGGCAGAUCUGAACGGACUCAUUAAAAGACCAAAUUUGACCGAUAACAAAAACAAACAGUCCGGUAGAAGCAGGUACGGACCGCUUACUCUGAGGUGUAAAACUGUCGCUUUUGUCAGUGGAGUUUGGUGUCUUUGUGAAGAGCGAUGAAAAAGCUGUUUUAGGUUUUUUUUCUCCCCAACAACAGAGAAAAAGGAAAGUGGGAGAGGAGGAGGAGUCUGAGGAACCGGUCUCAUGAAUCUCAGGCGUUGUCGUCCCGUCCGAAAAAGCUCCGUACUUUUAUCUGUGUCGUCUUUUUACCGAUGUUUAACUUCCACGCUCCACUUUCAGAUCUCGUGGGCUUCCUAAACUGAAGGAGUCGACCUCCCAUGAGUCUUUGCUGAGUCCGGGCAGUGCGGUGGAGGCUCUGGACCUGAGCAUGGAGGAGGACGUGUUCAUCAAACCUCUGCACAGCAGCAUCCUGGGUCAGGAGUUCUGCUUCGAGGUGAGUUCAGCCCAAACUAAACGAUCACAGAGGGACGUGCAGGAUUUACGUCGUUAAAGUGUCCUGUCUUAUCACACGGCUUCACUGGUAUCGUACAGAUCUGACCUUAAAACAUGAUGUCAUGGCGUCCUCUCUCUCUCUCUCUGUCAGGUGACGUACUCGGGCGGCAGCAAAUGUUUCAGCUGCACGUCGGCUUCAGAGAGAGACAAGUGGAUGGAAAACCUGAGGAGGACGAUUCAGCCGAACAAGGUGAGACAAAGACCCACUCACAGGUGGGUCGGUCUUGACCUGAGCCUGGACUUCACCGUGAAUCUGAAGUUCUCUGUUUUCAAAGAAGUCCAAGCGCUUCAUCUGGAGUUGUUUGUGUUUUUAGGACAACUGUCGGCGGGCGGAGAACCUGCUGCGACUCUGGAUCAUCGAAGCCAAAGACCUUCCUCCCAAGAAGAAGUAUUUCUGUGAGCUGUGUCUGGAUGAUGUCCUCUACGCCAGGACCACCAGCAAAACCCGCCAUGACAGCCUGUUCUGGGGCGAGUACUUCGACUUCUCCAGCCUGCCCCCCACUCACAGCAUCACCGUGCACAUCUACCGGGACGUGGACAAGAAGAAGAAGAAGGACAAGAACAACUACGUGGGCCUGGUCAACAUCCCGGUGUCGGGCGUGACGGGUCGGCAGUUUGUGGAGAAGUGGUACCCGGUCAGCACGCCCACCGCCAGCAAGGCCAAAGGAGGGGGGCCGUCGAUCCGCAUCAAGUCCCGCUUCCAGACCAUCUCCAUCCUGCCCAUGGAGCAGUACAAGGAGUUUGCCGAGUUCAUCACCAACAACUACUCCAUGCUGUGCUCCGUUCUGGAGCCCGUCAUCAGCGUCAAGAACAAGGAGGAGAUGGCGUGCGCGCUCGUCCACAUCCUGCAGAGCACCGGGAGGGCAAAGGUCAGUCCUCGAUCAGCUGUAUCUCUGAGGGUUCGAUGUUUGAGUUGAUAUCAGUCUCAAACGGGUUCAAGAUAAACUGCAGCCGGUUAGUUUAUCAUCCAGACUAGGAACCUUGUUCAGAAACUCACAAGAGGUUCCUCAGGUUGAUUCACUCAGUCCGUUUCCACGACACUGGAGAAAACCGAAUUAUCGCCUUAUUCCGAUAAAGACCGGACAACUGAAGUUCAUGUAAACACCUUAGUCCGACUUUUAGUCCAACACCCAGAUAAUGAGAUUGGAAUUCGAUUUUCUCUACCAUGUAACCAACGUCGUUGGAGAAUGAUCGGCCACGCCCCAGAGUAGAGGAGUAGCGUUGGUCUCCUCUUUAGAAAAAGUAGCGCGUCCAUCAUGUCGGACAAAAACAACGCUGUACGAUGCUCCAUCUUCUUGUUUCUCCAAAAUGCCCAGCAGCAGUUGUAGACACUUCUGACGUCUGACACCGACCUGCUGUUGUUGUUGACGGUUGUAUGGGGUCGGAAACAGCGCCGCUGAAAAGACCAAUAUCGCCCCCUAGUGUUGGGGAGGAGGACACGUUCACGUCAAUAAUUCAGUUUUCUCAGCUGCAUGUUUACGAGGACAAGGAGAGAAGUGAGUUUAGUCGAUUAAACUGAGACUGUAAAUGAACUGAGUGAUCAGAACCUACAGCGGUUCUUCAUCCAUGUCAUUUUAACGUGAGAAAAAACCUGGUUUAUUCAUUGAAGCAUGGCAACAGUGGAGAGGGCUCUCAGGGACCAGGUUCAUGGGUGUGGGGUUCUGGAAUUCUGGGUUCUAAAAUGCUUGAGGUUCUAGCAAGAUGUGGAACACUAGGUUCCAAAAUCUUGGGUUCUAGAAUGCUGAGUUCUAGAACUUUAAGGUUCUAGAAUGCUUUGAUGUGUGGGUCUUUGAAGUCUCUUAAAGAGACAGUAGCUGAAGUGUUUCAGACAGCGGCGGAGGUGAGGGUCUCUCUGUUAGAUGAGUUAAAUGAAGCUCCACACAGAUCUCUGCAGACGAUGGUUUCCUCUCUGAGAACUUACAGCCUUCAGCUCUGAUGGACCAGAUAUCUGAGUCAUCAGUCCGAAUUUUUCAUCCAACCCUGAAAGCUCCAAAGAUCUGUUUUAAUGAAGAGUUCAGAAAGUCUUGAUGAAAUAAUCAGAAACUCCAAUAAACACCAUCGUCCUGACCAAACAUCACUCUGAAGUUAACGUCCAGCACAGCUCGACUGUCUGUUGAUUCGUGUGUUUGCACCUUCAUCAGUGUGUUUCUAUCCUCCUCCGCCUCCUGUUCAGGACUUCCUCACAGACCUGGUGAUGUCAGAGGUGGACCGCUGUGCCGACCACGACGUCCUGAUCUUCAGGGAGAACACGCUGGCCACCAAAGCCAUCGAGGAAUACCUGAAGCUGGUGGGGCAGAAGUACCUGCACGACGCCCUAGGUGAGUCUCCUGAAGGCUUAGGGGUCAGGUGUUGUUAACUUCAGGUGAAGGUGAGGACCUGAGCAUGCAGAACCUCCACAGUGCAGGUCUUCAUGGGCUCAGUUAAUGCAAACGGGUGUAGGUUUUCAUAUUCUGCAGCAUCACGUGGAUCCUGAAAAUAAUCACCAGUACAGACGGUCUUCAUGGAUCUGUGGACGUGUCUGAAAGUGUGCUGCAUCAUCUUCAUCUUCCUCCUGCGGGUGACUCAGUCUGCAUGUUCUGAAACAUCUCACAGCAGCUUCACAAAGACUUUUUAUAGCAGAGGACGUGUGCUGAAAGUGACAGAAGCAGAACAGUGAAGGACCCAGGAGACCUGCUGUCACUACAAACCAACAAACAUCCCAAAGUCCUCCUCACACACACACACACAGAGGAGCUGAAGACGCUCCGACUAUUAUUAGUCCCAAACAUCUCAAAAACACAAAAACCAUGUCAGCCUUGUUCAUAUAUUUAUAGAUCACGUCUGGAAACAGAGGAGAAGUUCUGAAGGAGCGGCCUCCUGCGGUGUGUUCGCUAACAUGAGCGCUCAGUUCAGGGUUUUAUUGUGACAGCAGAUUAUUAUUGAACAUUUUCAGUCUUCGGCGCAGCGGCGCUGAUUCAUGUCGCUCCGCUGCUGCUGCUGCUGCACAGUCAGACGCUCAUUAGAGAUUAACGACACCUCAAAGAGUCCAAACCUAGUUUCUCUGCAAACUCAGAGCGACAGGAAAUCUGCUCCGCCGACAAAAACGACUCAGACAUUCAGCUCUGUGAUUAAAAUUCAAACACAACCUUUCAGAAAGACGGACGACCUGGAGGGGAGAGAAAGAGCUUCAUCCAGCCGCUUCUGGUUCAGGACAACAUGGUGACCACGAGCAGACAUAACCGAGGGGGGGUGGGGUUAAGGUUCAACCUCGCACAUAAAAAAAUGUAGAUACUCUGAUACUCUGAAUAUAAAAAUAUAUAUAUAAAUAAAUAUUGAAAUAUGUAUAUAUAUAUUAAAUAUAAAAAUAAACAUAUAAAUAAAUCUAAACGUAAAAUAUAUAAAUAAAUCUUAAAAUAAAAUAAAUCAAUAAAACAGCUCCCUAUUUGAAAAAAAUCAUUCUCCAAUGUGAUGAAGUUUAUCUGACUUUUACAUUUAAUAAAAUCACAUUUCUUGGCUCUAAUGAGAAUGUUGUUUCUCAUGUUUUGGUGAAAAUGAACAUAAAACAUUCAUCAAUGAGCUUAAAUAUAAAAAAAAAAAAUAGAGUGAAAAAAAGACGAGAAACACUAAUAAAAUAAAUAAAUUAAGUAUUUUGGCCUAACAAAGAUUAAAUAGAGAAAAAAAAUUGAAUUAAAAAAAAACUAAAAAUUUCAAUUUUACAAAAAUGUUUUAAUAAAAAAAAAUAGAUUGAAACGAACAUUAAAAUUAAAUAAACAAAAAUGAAUAAAAUACAAAACUAUUAGAGAGCCAAAAAAGGUUCAAAAUUAACAUGAGUAAAUAUGAUGAUGAUGCCAAUUAAAUAAAACAAAAAAGUUACAAUAAAAAAAAAGGACAAAUUUCUUUAAAAUAGGUUAGAAAAUGUAAAAACAGAAUUUAAGUUAAAGAAAAAAAAUAUAUAUAUUAUUAGAUAAAGAGUAUUUUUAAAUGAAUAAAUAAAACAUUUCAUUUAACAAUAAUUAUGUUUGAGGAGAGAUAUUUAAAAAUGUCAAUACUCUGAAAUCAGUAUGUGAGGGGAAACUGUUUAUUAGACAGGCAAGUCAAGCUCCGCCCACUGCUCAUCAGCUGAUCUUAACCCCGCCCACAUCAGCUGAUUACUUUCUACUCAAAAUAAUCUGUCUGUUUAGCUGUCUCUAGGUCUUUACCUGCUCGUCUCAUAUAAACACAUAGGAGGGCAGGGGGCCGACAGAACAGAGACAUACCUGAGGGUCUUUGCUGCUGCUCUACCUGUCUCAUGUUUUCAUUCAUGAACCAGAGGACAGCUGUGCUCUGAGAGAAACUAACUGACAGUUUAAUAAACGAAUAAUAAAGAUGUUUCUGUUAGUUUCUGGGUCAGUACAGGACCGAUCUUAUCACCCAGACUCGUACACAGAGAUCCGACAAGCAGAGAUUCAGAGUGAACUUGUUAAAACAUCUCCAUCUGAAGUGAAACAUGAUCCUCAGACUACAGGAGGAAUCAAGUUGUUAAAGGGGGAAACUCGUCAAAAACAUCAUGACUAAUUAAUGCUGAGCGGAGAAGAGACGUCGUGGCCCACUUCUCACCCUCCACAGACUCACACAGACCAUCCUCUGAGUACGAGACUGAGAGGGAUCCAAACUCAACAUUAACCUCAGAAACUAAAAUCACAUCUACAACGAUCAUCAAUCGAUCAAUCAGCCUUUAUUUAUAUAUCACGUUUCAUACACGAACAUGUAGCACAAAGUGUUUUACACAGCAGAGGAAUAACAGAAACAAAGAAAACCCAAAUCUACCCCAACCCAACCCUCAGUCCCACCAUCUGAACGCAACAGAAACACAAUUAAAAUGCACAAGAUUAAAAAGGGCUUAAAUGUGCGCACUGAGGAAACCUUAUUUAAAAUUUAAGAUAAGGAAACACUGGAGGUUAAAAAUCGAAAAACAAAGAAACAUCAAAUGAAAUCUAAGAUAUAAUAAAUAAAAUGAAAUAAAAACAGCUCAAUAAAAGACGAUCCUGUCAUUAAAACUAGAAAGAGAUAAAUGCUAAAAUACUUCAAGUUAAUGAUAUAAAAUUUAGUUAAAAGACUAAAAAGGUUUGUUCAGAUUAGUUUCAGUCCUCAGGUCUUCAGGUAAACUGUUCCAGUAAUAAAAAGAUGCCUCACCGUAUUUUAGUUUUAACUUUAGGUAAUAAUGUUUACAGAGAACCUCUUAAAGACCUGAGGACUCGACCUGACUCAUGUGAUAAAUAAGAAGGACCAAAGACAUUAAGAGCUUUUAAAACCAAUAAAACAACCUUAAAAUCUGUUCUAGAAGAGACGGGGAGCCGACGCAGAGACCCUAAAAUCGCUGUGAUGUGAUCUCUCUUUCUGCAGCUGAAUUUUGUAAUAAUUACAGGUGUGAAAUGUUCUUUUAGGGCAUUACAGUAAUCUCUUCUACUAGUGAUGAAAGCAUGAAUUCAUGUCUCUGCGUUGAGAGAGAAACGGUCGCACUCAGGUUUUAUUUAUGAAAUGAAAAAAUACCUUCUUGGUGAAAUCUCAUAUGUGUGGUUCUCCGACAUCCAGGAUUUAAUGUGAUGAUUUAACGUCUAAAAUGAAGUUAAAAAGGGCGUCGAGUGGGUCUGUGUCGUCAGGAGACACGGUGAUAUAAAACUGUGUUGUCACUGACCGCGGCUCAGAUUCUUCUCAGAUCCAGACUCUCAUUACUGCUCCUCUGCUCUGAUCAUCAAUCACAGGGUUAUAUGUCUUUGUGUAGCAUCAAAUCAACGUGUGUGUGUGUGUGUGUGUGUGUGUGUGUGUGUGUGUGUACAGGUGAGUUCAUCAAAGCUCUGUACGAGUCGGACGAGAACUGUGAGGUGGAUCCCAGCCGUUGCUCGGGCAGCGAUCUGGCUGAACAUCAGAGUAACCUGAAGAUGUGCUGCGAGCUCGCUUUCUGCAAGAUCAUCAACUCCUACUGGUACCUGCACACACACACACACAUACACACACACACACACACACACACACACGUCUGUCACUCUUCACUCGAUCUGUAGGUGGAUGUAAGAACCGCUCUCCUUCCUCUCUGCCUCCUCAGCGUGUUUCCUCGUGAGUUGAAGGAGGUGUUUGCGUCCUGGAAGCAGCAGUGCCUCGCUCGCGGUCACACGCAGGACAUCAGCAAACGUCUGAUCAGCGCCUCGCUCUUCCUGCGCUUCCUCUGCCCCGCUAUCAUGUCGCCGUCGCUCUUCAGCCUCAUGCAGGAAUACCCAGACGACCGCACGUCCCGGACGCUCACGCUCAUCGCCAAAGUCAUCCAGAACCUCGCCAACUUCACCAAGUGAGUCAGAGUCGGCAGACAGAGUUCCUGACCCUGAAACCAGUCUACGCUCUGAGUGACAGACCGUGACGUUCUCCGUUUGUUCUGCAGGUUUGUGAACAAAGAGGAGUACAUGGCCUUCAUGAACGACUUCCUGGAGCACGAGUGGGCGGGGAUGAUGCGCUUCCUGGCGGAGAUCUCAAACCCGGAGACUCUGUCCAACACGCCGGGCUUCGAGGGUUACAUCGACCUCGGCCGAGAGCUGUCGGUGUUACACGCUCUGCUGUGGGAGGUCGUCUCCCAGCUCGACAAGGUGUGUGUGUGUGUGUGUGUGUGUGUGUGUGUGUGUGUGUGUGUUUGCAGUGAUGCAGCUGCUAAUCGACCAGUGCAGGAGGCGUGUUUUUACAUCGUUUUGGUUUCAUUACUGGAUUCAGGACGACCUCAGAGAGAGGAAUGAAAAUGAGUGUAAGACAAAAAUAUAUAAAUAAAUAUUAAAAUAAAACAUAUAAAUAAAUAGAAAAAUAUAAUAUAUAAAUAAAUAUAAACAUAAAAUAUAUAAAUAAAUAUUAAAAUAAAACAUAUUAAUAAAUAGAAAAAUAUAAUAUAUAAAUAAAUAUAAACAUAAAAUAUAUAAAUAAAUAUUAAAAUCAAACAGAUCAAUAAAACAGCUCCCUCCUUUAAAAAAUCAUUCCCCCAUGAGUAAAAGUAUUUCUGAAUUAUAUUUAUAUUAUUUUUUAAUAAAAUCACAUUUAUUGGCACUAACUAGAAAAUUGUUUCUCAUGUUUUGGUGAAAAUAAAUCAAAUAUAAAAAAUCUGUCAAUGAGCUGAAAUAUUAGAAAAAACAUUACAGAGUGAAAAAAAGGAGAGAAACAUUAAAAAUUAAGUAUUUUGGCCUAACAAAGAUUAAGUAGGGCAAAAAAAUUUAAAUAAAAUAAAGCAAAAAACGAACAAAACUAAUAAUAAAAGCAAAAAAACAUUUAAAUAAAUCAAAAUCAUUUAGAAAAAUAAUAGAAUAGAUUAAAAUGAUCAACAAAAUGAAAUAAACAAAAAUAAAUAAAAACAAAAUCAUAACAAAGCUUAAAAAAAGGUCCAAAAUAACACAAUUAAAUACAACAAUGAUGCUCAUAAAUAAACAAAAACUUAGUUACAAUAAAGAAUUUAAAUUACACAAAAAAAGGAGAAAAAACCUCUUUAAAAUAGGUUAGAAAAUGUAAAAACAGAAUUAAAGUUAAAGUUGAAAAAAAAACUUUAAAAAACAAUACAAUUGGAUAAAGUGUAAAUGACACGAAAAAUGCAAAUGAACACAUGAAAAAUUACAUUUAACAAAAAUAAUACAGAAAAAUACAUCCAACAUUUAUUAAUAAAUAAAUCUUAAACUAAAGAAAAGAGAAAGAAAAUGAAACAAAAAUCUGAACCAAAAAAAUACAUGAAAAUUUUCAUUUAAGAUGAGAGAUAAACUCGUCUGAUAUUAAUUUAUAAAAACCUGCUGAAUGUUUUUUUUCCAGAAAUGAGUCAAUUUUAGUUUCUCUGAUCGGUCCAAACUCUUUAAAACUGUCUGUGAUAUUUUUAAUAUGAAGAACCAGACAAACUCUGAUUUCAUAUUGAUCGGUGAUCAGUGUGUGUGUUAGUGUGUUUUCCUCUAAGUGUGUGUGUGUGUGUGUGUGUGUGAUGUAAAUAUUUGAUGAUGUUACUUGAACAAACACCAAAGGUCACCUCAGUUCAUUUAACCCUUUAACCACAUUAACGCUGCGUGGCUGAACUUCACAGCAUGGCCUGAACCCCACCCCCCCCACCCCUCACCUCUAAGCUCCUCCCCCUGGCACACCUGUCUCACCUGUUGGAGCUCGGCAUGGUUCUGCUGUGUCUGACGUGGUUCUGUUCAGUAGAAGCAUGAUGUUUUAGUUGAUUUUUGUUUCCAUUAAGUUUCCCUCAUGUUUUUUUUCCUCCUCCUCUCCUCCCCCUCCUCCUCCUGUCACCGCCUCUCUGGCCGACUCUUUUCUGUUGCCACCAUGUUGGUUUCCCUCUCCCACCACCAACACCACCACUGCUUCCAUCCGUACCCUCCACACACCCUCAUACACACAUAUAAACACACAUACACGGCGACUCCAGGGUGAAAAUUCCUUCCUGCAGGCCACCGUAGCGAAGCUGGGCCCGCUGCCGAGGAUUCUGGGAGACAUCUCUCGCUGUUUGGCGGCGCCCACGCCGGUCCAGCAGCAGCUGCGGCGUUUCCAGGAGCACAACUCUGCGCACAACAUCAGCGGCAGCCUGUCGUCAGGGUUACAGCGGAUCUUUGAGGACCCCGCCGACAGGUAACCAAGUCCUUGUCUGGAUGGACGCAGAUGUUGUUUAAAACUGAGGAUGCAGCAUCUAUGAGUUUAAAUUCUACGUUGAAAGGACAACUGGACUUUACGAAAGAAGGUCCGAUUCUGAUCCCUCAGUCCACCUAAAGGGAUAUUCAAGCGUGAAAUUAAAAUAGGGUCAAACACACCGUAACACGGAGUUAGACACCCCCUCAUCAAUUUAUCAAUUUAUUAUUGAGCCGAAUUAUCAAUAAAAUCAUGAUUUUGUUAACAGGUAUGGAUUUAUGUGCUGUCGAGUUAUUAUAUUUGAACAAGAGCACAGUAAAGUUAAAUCAGCUAAUUUUCCAAUGAGGUUCUGUUACUGAACGGAUCAUAGUACUAGACACCAAACAUCUUUUUAACUUUAGCAAAGAGACUAAACGUUCCUUGGUCGUGGUCGCCCUCUGCUGGUCAUUGGACAGAAUAAUCAGAUCAUAGAACCUCAGUUGAUGUUUUAUGUCACUUCCUGCAGCCACAGCGACGCCCGCAGUCUGCAGUCUCCUGAGCUGAUGGAGGGUUACGGCCGAGGUCAGCGCCCCCUGCUGGCCCAGAAGCUUCCAUCCACCCACACCAGCUUCUCCGACCAUGAGGAGAGGGACACCCUCCUGCCGAACGGACGCAGCAUCUCAUUGGUGGAUCUGCAGGACACUCAGAGUCUGCACAGCCCACAAGGACCGCCUCCUCACCACGAGGCCCCGCCCCGUCUCAGCAGAGUGGGCUCUCAGGCCUCCAUUGGUCAGACCCCGCCCCCACUAAACUACCCUCACUCCAACCCUCACACUCCGCAGCCGCCGCCUCACCAGACCAAAGCCCCGCCCAGAGACACUCAGCCGCAGAGCGCGCCGCAGGUGAGGCGCCCGCUGCACCCGUCGCUCAGUCAGCAGCGCAGCCUCCAGCCGCUGUCCUUCCAGAACCCCGUGUACCACCUGAGUAACCCCGCCCACAGCGCCUCCACACGCUCCGCCCAGUCUCUGCGGCACGACUCCAGCUCCGAGAACCUGAGCACCGAGAGCUCGCACAACAGCCACAGCAACUCCGAAGACUUCGGCAGCCAGGUCGGGGUCAAAGGUCGCGUGGCGUCCAACAGCAGCCUGGAUGAGCUGGGCAGCAGGCGGAGCACGCAGAGCGAGGAGUGUUCCACGCCACGCAGACACGCACCUCACGACCUUCCGCCAGGCGCUGCUACAGCCGUCGCCAUCCCUCGCCAGAGCACAACGGCGGGAACCGCCCACAUCGUGAAGGUGGAGCAGCAGAGCAGAGGAGGGGGCGGGGCCAGGACGCCGCGGUCUGUUCCUCACAGCUCGUCUUUAAGGAGCAGCAGCAGCGCCAACACGGAGCCCACGCCAACGUCCGCCAACCAACCCAACAGACAACAGACGCCCUGUCCGUCAGAGAACGUGGCUCCGCCCCCGAGGAGCGCCACCAAGCAGCCGCAGCAGGUACUGUCUCUAACCAAUAAAUGAAGCUUUGACCACUGUCUCAGGUGUGUGAUGAUGUCACUGCACACGCUCAGGUGACGUCUCCGGUGGAGGCGGUGGGAGUGGCCAUGUCCCCGGUGGAGAGGACGGCGGCCUGGGUGCUGAACAACGGUCAGUACGAGGAGAAGGAGGAGGAGGGCGGAGAGAAGAGGGAGGAGGGCCGGAACACCGAGAAGGUACGCACGCACACACGCACACACGCACACGUACAGUAAUGAUGAUGAUGAGGUCACUCUGACUCCGCCCCCUCCUCCCCUCAGUACGAGCUGGAGAUCUCGCGUCUGAAGGAGCGUCUGCGUGUGUCCGGGCGCCGUCUGGAGGAGUACGAGCGCCGCCUGCUGACUCAGGAGCAGCAGAUGCAGAAACUCCUGCAGGAGUACAAGAACCGCCUGGAGGACAGCGAGGAGCGCCUGAGGAGGCAGCAGGAGGAGAAGGACAGCCAGAUGAAGAGCAUCAUCUGCAGGUAGGCCACGCCCCCUCACCUGUCCGCUCUGUUGUUCAGUCACAUGAUCAGCUGAGUUUUGAGUGUUUCUGUGUGGUCGCCCUCAGACUGAUGGCGGUGGAGGAGGAGCUGAAGAGGGACCACGCAGAGAUGCAGGCGGUGAUCGAAGCCAAACAGAGGAUCAUCGACGCUCAGGUACCACUGACCCCUGACCCCAGAGCAGCUCUAACCACGCCCCUGACACCUGCAGACGCCGCCAUGUUUACUGUCCACUGAUAACCCCUCCCUCUUUACCUCUGCUUUACUGGAGGAGAUCAGGAGGAGGUCAGGAGGAGGUCAGGAGGGUCUUAAACUCUCCUGGAAACUCGUUUUGAAUUCCAGGACAGUUUUAAGGGUUUCUGCUCCAAACUAAGACCUGCCUGGUCGGGUUGGGCGGUAUCCAAACUUCGGCGCCGUCGUACCGUCUCCACGUUUUACCGCGGUCUCCAGAAUCACCGUGAAUAAUUAGAAAUGAAGACUUGAGGCUCAGACGGCGUCGCUAAACCGUUGACUUCAGAAACUGAAAACCAAACACUGAAAAUGAAACAAUAACAACAAAACAUGAACGAUAUUCACAACUUUGAUCAGAAACAGAUUAAAAAGUCAAAAACGAACAGAACGUCACCGUAUCCGUUCAGUUUUCUAACGGACACGCUCCCUUUGGUACUUCGUUAUUUUCCUCCAUUGUUGUCGGUUGUGUUUUCGUGGCGGUGGACUCAGUUGUUGUUGGUCCUUCAUCAGUAUCAGCGGUGGUUGAUUCAGAGAUCCGUCGUUAGGUUAGAAGAGUUUCCGUCUCUCUGGUCGCCUUUUUAUUAAACUAUUUACGAAUAUUUAUCACCAAAAAACACGAUUUUUCUCGCUCUGUCUUCCUCCACUCUUCUUUUCUCCCUCCUCUUCUGUCAAACUUGCUGUUUUGUUGGUACCGUUCCAGAUUACCGUAAUAAAAACAUCAUAAAUUAACGCUCAGAUCGUCAGCUCUCUGUCAGCGUUUGAACAAACUUUAGAGGAGUUACGGUAUUGAGACGCUGCGUAGCGCUCUGCUGAUACUUCCUGUGUUUUGCGCUGACGGCCUGCCUUAUAUGGUCACGACUACCGUAGUAAACCUUAUAGAGGCGCACACACACGACUCUAACCUUUCAACACUGUUGACGUUUUUCUGAUUGGACAAACUUUGACGGUGUUACGGUAAUAUCACUCUGGGCGUAGAAAACAGAGCGCCGGCGCCAUCACGGUAUGAAACUGUUGCUUUUGAAAGACGCGCCGGUUUACCUGAAUACUUAAUCACCGCCCACCCCUACUGCACUCUGGGAUUUUAACCACAGACCUCUGACCUCUGCAGGUUUUAAAAUUCGAGCGGCGGCGUGUUAUCGAGCUCUUUAAUUUUCACGUUUCAGGAUAAUCAAUCGAUGAAUUGAUGAGUUGUGGUUCAGUGUGUUUGUCCGUCGAUCAGGAUUCUUAAGUUUGUUGAUCAGAGAUGACCUCCUGCACAUUUAGUCGUCCUUCUGCGUCUCAUUGACUCUUCGCUGAUUUCAGGUCAGUAACGGAUGUGAAAUUGACCAAUCAGGCAAGUAGUGACUGUAGCCUGGCAACCACCACCCCCCCCACACACCUCCACCCCACCCUGCCGACCUCACCCCCUCCCUCCCUCACCGCCACCUCCACCAAGCUGUUUUUAAAAACACGCCACAAAAAGAAGCGCCGACACACCUGAGCAGCCAAUCAGAGAGCAGAUGUUCCUACUGUCCCUUUAUGCUUAUUACCCAGAAUUCAUAGGGUCGUCUUUAGAAGCAGGUGAGAGAAAUGGAGUCUUCGGCUCCGUGUCUCCAGUUUAUCCUGCAUUUGCAUCAGAAACAGUGUAACCAAACCCCAUUCAAAAAAUGAGCGUUUUUAACGUUCUCUUGAAAACAGACCUGAAAAAUCCUGAAUUUAGACUUUUUACAAACAAACAUCUUCAUUCAAGUUCUUCAGCUUCUGUUCAGGGAAUCUAGGAUUUAUAGAAGUCCGGUACAGAACCUUACUAACAGACCCGGACCUGACAGAACCCAGACUGAGCUCAUGGACCUGGACCCUCAGGAGCUCAUGGUUCCGGGUGUGUCUCGGUGUCCUCAGGUGUCUUCAGGGUGUGUCGCGCUCUCAGCUGUUUUAUUUCUGUUUGGCUGACCCCGCCCCCCCCACCCUUCACUGCCCCUCCCCCUCCUGAACCAGCAGAUAAACCCGGGACGACAGAAGGUCCGACACUGCAACCAUCCGGUUCUGUUUUUGAGCAGGUGGAUCAGAACUCAGAGAGACUGAUUUCAGAUCAGUUUGAGCUUCUCUCUCACUUUAUUUAUUUAUUUAUUUGUUUAUUUGUUUGUUUGUUUACAGUUUUCUCUUCUUCGUUUGCGUCUCUGGCUGCUGCCCUCAAACUCGCUCCGCCUCCUGCUGUCGGGUCAAAGACGCAGCACAAACUGUUUCGGCCAUAUUUGUAGUUUUUUAAAGCUUCUUACCUGUCGUCCUCUGAUGAUGAUGUAAUCCAGGUGUUUGGAGUAUUUUUACAUUUUUUAAUAAUUUUUUAAGUUUCAAGAAAAAUUAAAACCGGUCCAAGGGUCUUUAAAAAACUGAAAUAAAAUCGUUAAAAUAGUUUGACUGUCGAGUCAUAAUCAGCGGUUUUAACUCUAUCACCUUUUAAAGAGUUUUAAUCGUGUUUCUCUGAAUAUUUAAGUGACAUUUAGGAAAUUUAAAGUGUUUAAAGGUUCGUUAUGAAAGUUUGAACGUUUAUGUUCGGAUAUGUAAACUGUGUUUUUAAGAGUCUCAGGGUGAAUCAAGAUCAUUUCAAGUGCUUUUAAAUUUUUUUAGGAUUUGUUUGGUGGUUUUUUUAGGUUUUUGUUUUUUGAGUAAUUAAAGAAAAUAUUGAAUCUUUUUGGUAAAUCAAAGUAAAAUUCGGUCUUUGGGGAGACUUUAAAGGGUUUUGGAGUCAUUUAAAAAGAUUUUAAGAGUCUCCGGGUAAAUCCAGAAAAUUUUCAGUCCCUUUAGAGUUUUUUGAGAAUUUGUUGUUGGUUUUUUUUCCACAGAUUUUUAGUGUUUGAGGGUAAUUUUGGGUGCAUGUUAGUAGAAGUUUUUGGGAUUACUUCACAAGUUUAUCAGUAAUUUUAAGAUUUUUAAAAAAGAUUUUAAGGUGUUUCGGGGUAAAAAUGAGGACAUUUUAAGGUUUUGUAAAGAUUUCUGAGGACUUUUUAAGUGUUUUUUGGUGUUUUAGUGUUAUCUGAGGACACUAGGUCAUUUUGGGUCAUUAAAGUAAAGAGUGAAGUUAAGGCGGGGGUCAUUUGAGGUGAUUUUAAUUAUUUUUAAGGUUAUUUUUAAAGAUUUUAAGUGAUAUUUCCUCAUCAUAACCUCAGGAGAGACUUUGUGCUGCGUUGUGUUUUUUAACCCGACAGUUGGAUCAUCACAACCUGCUGUUUUAUUUUGUAACCCUCAGUCUGACUUCCUGUCCCGCCCCCUCCCCCCCUGUCUCUGUCCAAUCAGGAGAAGCGGAUCGGCUCCCUGGAUGCCGCGAACUCUCGUCUGAUGGCGGCGCUGGCGCAGGUGAAGGAGCGCUACAGCACGCCAAACCUCUGCAAAGGCCUGUCACCCACCAACCCCACCAAACUGUCCAUCACUGAGAACGGCGAGUUCAAGAACAGCAGCUGCUGAUUGGAUGAGGAGGACACGGGGGUGGAGCCUAAGGGAGUCUGAAUUUAAAUAAUCUGGAUUUAAAGAGUUUAUAAAUGUGUAAAUACUGAAGGUUUGAUCUGUUCAGUGUACAGAGUGUGUGUGUGUGUGUGUGUGUGUGUGUGUGUGUGUGUGUGUGGUCACAGAAGCACAGUGAGGAUGAACCAAAAACUGAAACGCACUCGACUUUUCUAACAGACUUUUUUAUGGUUUUUAUUUGAUUCUUCGGUUUUGUCGUUUUUUCGCUCGGAUCAGUUUCAGAGUUUAUUUCCCGUCUUUGAUUUUUUCCCGACUGUUUCUGGGGUUUUAAUUUAUUCCUCCAUGUCGCCCCCCCCCCCCUCGUUGCUGAUCUACUGUACAGACCCCUGAAGGAUCAGGGUCAAAGGUCACACACCUGUCUGCUGUUGAGAAUAAAAGCUGCCUGAAACUCUUUGA